GACGGUGAGGCAGUGAGCAGCUCCUACGAGUCCUACGAUGAGGAGGAAGUGACCAAGGGGAAGUCAUCGUUGUCGGCGCAGCACCAGUGGCCGUCCACCGAGGCGUCCAUCGAGCUGAUGAAGGAUGCGCGCAUCUGCGCCUUCCUCUGGAGGAAGAAGUGGCUGGGCCAGUGGGCCAAGCAGCUGUGUGUCAUUCGAGAACAUCGCUUCCUGGUGGGUUGUAGGACUAGACGGUUUAGAUUGUCCCUACCAGCUCGUCUGAGGCCACACACACACACACAAACACACACACACACACACACACACACACACACACACACACACACACACACACACACACAUUAAUACAUGUAAAUACUGAGAGAGGAGGAAAAAGGGGUAGAAAGAUGGUGACAUAGAGAUAUAGCCACUACCUACACAGCCAUGCUCAUAAACCAACCACAUUACUCUCUUGUCAAGUUAGGUGCCUUAUCGUGUGUGGGGGACUAUGUUCACAUACUACUUGUAGGCCCUAUAGUGAAAAUAGCUCCACUUUUACAUAUACAGAAAAACAUAACCAAUUUUGAAAUAGAAAGUUCUCUCCUCUCUAUAGUAAGAAUAUGGUACCAGACAGACUAUAUCUACACUGACAUUAAGUAGCUAUUUGUUUAUGUAGUGUCAUUUUAGGAGCAGGGUUCGGAAACUUCAUUUCUGAGAAAAUGUGAUUUCCUGAGUAGGAAAUGACAGACAUACUGGUUAUUUAACAUCCAUUUAUCUGUCGUUAAGGAUCAUGAGGAUCAUUUUUACAUUUACAUUUUAGUCAUUUAGCAGACGCGACUUACAAAUUGGUGCAUUCAACUUAGGAUAGCCAGUGGGACAACCACCUUUUAUUUUGUAAAAAAUUUUUUAUGGGGGGUGUGGGGGGGGGUAGAAUGAUUACUGUUAUACUAUUCCAGGUAUUCCUUAAAGAGGUAGGGUUUCAAGUGUCUCCGGAAGGUGGUCAGUGACUCCACUGUCCUGGCGUCGUGGGGGAGCUUGUUCCACCAUUGGGGUGCCAGAGCAGCGAAUAGCUUUGACUGGGCUGAGCGGGAACUGUGCUUCCGUAGAGGUAGGGGGGCUAGCAGGCCAGAGGUGGAUGAACGUAGUGCCCUCGUUUGGGUGUAGGGUCUGAUCAGAGCCUGAAGGUAAGGAGGUGCCGUUCCCCUCACAGCUCCGUAGGCAAGCACCAUGGUUUUGUAGUAGAUGCGAGCUUCAACUGGAAGCCAGUGGAGUGUGCGGAGGAGCGGGGUAACAUGAGAGAACUUGGGAAGGUUGAACACCAGACGGGCUGCAGCGUUCUGGAUAAGUUGUAGGGGUUUAAUGGCACAGGCAGGUAGCCCAGCCAACAGCGAGUUGCAGUAAUCCAGACGGGAAGUGCCUGGAUUAGGACCUGUGCCGCUUUCUGUGUAAGGUAGGGUCGUACUCUGCGAAUGUUGUAGAGCAUGAACCUGCAGGAUCGGGUCACCGCUUUGAUGUUAGCGGAGAACGACAGGGUGUUGUCCAGGGUCACGCCAAGAUUCUUUGCACUCUGGGAGGAGGACACAAUGGAGUUGUCAACCGUGAUGGCGAGACCAUGGAGCGGGCAGUCCUUCCCCGGGAUCAUUAACGAUAAUGAUAAUUUUGUUUCCUAAUGGACCAUAGGCAUGGGCUGUUGUCGAAAUUGGCCUAGCUUCCUUUAAAGUAUAGGCGUUGGAUAAGCGCAUCUGCUAAAUUACUCAAUUGUAAAUGUUAAUAUGGUCAUUUAGUCAGUUUUUUCCAAAGCGACUAAAUUCUAACAAUUGACAAUUCAAUUGUAUGUAUACCCAGUAUAUUAUGUGUACCAUGUGGCAAUCUGUAACGUAUACGCUGGGAGUCAGGAAGCAGGUGCAGAAGGUAAGAAUGAGGCAGAUAAACAAAAUAGGAGAAGCGUACUGAAUGUGACCAAAACCAACACUGCCUGAUGCUACUGAGGGCUAAAUAAAGGGAGAGUAAUCAAGGUGAUGAUGAGGUCCAGGUGUGCGUAACGAUGGGGAGCAGGUGUGCGUAAUAAUGGUUGCCAGGACCGGUGGUUAGGCCGGCGAUGUAGAGCAGGGGAGCGGGAGUAGGCGUGACACAAUCAAACCCACAACCAUAAUGUACUAACCAGGCUCCAACCCAAUGUUUCUCAGUCCAUUCCUGGGGGACCCCCUGAGUGAGCACAUGUUUGUUAUAGCCCCACACUAACACACCUGAUUCUACUUAUCAACUAAUAGCAAGCACUUGAUCAGUUGAAUCAUGUACAGUGCCUUCAGAAAGUAUUCAUACCACUUGACUUAUUCUACCUUUUGUUGUGUUACAGCGAUUACAGCUGUGAGUCUUUCUGGGUAAGUCUCUAAGAGCUUUCCACACCUGGAUUGUGCAGCAUUUGCCCAUUAUUCUUUUCAAAAUUCUUCAAGCUCUGUCAAAUUGGUUGUUGAUCAUUGUUAGACAACCAUUUCAGAUCUUGCAAUAGAUUUUCAAGUAGAUUUAAAUCAGAACUGUAACCCGGCCACUCAGGAACAUUCACUGCCUUCUUGGUAAGCAACUCCAGUGUAGAUUUGGCAUUGUGUUUUAGGUUAUUGUCCUGCUGAAAGGUAAAUUAAUCUCCCAGUGUCUGGUGGAAAGCAGACUGAACCAGGUUUUCCUAUAGGGUUUUGCCUGUUCUUAGCUCCAUUCCCUUUAUUUUUAUCCUGAAAAACUCCCCAGUCCUUAAUGAUUACAAGCAUACCCAUAACAUGAUGCAGACACCACUAUGAUUGAAAAUAUGGAGAGUGGUACUCAGUAAUGUGUUGUAUUGGAUUUGCCACAAACAUAACACUUUGUAUUCAGGACAAAAAUGUAUUGCUUUGACAGAUUUUUUGCAGUAUUACUUUAGUGCCUUGUUGCAAACAGGAUGCAUGUUUUGGAAUAUUUUUAUUCUGUACAGGCUUCGUUCUUUUCACUCUGUCAAUUAAGUUAGUAUUGUGGAGUAACUACAAUGUUGUUGAUCCAUCCUCAGUUUACUCCCAUUACAGCCAUUAAACUCUGUAACUGUUUUGGCCUCACAGUGAAAUCCCUGAGCGGUUUCCUUCCUCUCCGGCAACUGAAUCAGGAAGGAAGUCUUUAUCUUUGUAGUGACUGGGUGUAUUGAUACACCAUCCAACGUGUAAUUAACAACUUCACCAUGCUCAAAGGUAUAUUCAAUGUCUACUUUUUUUAUUUUUUUACCCAUCUACCAAUAGGUGCUCUUCCUUGCGAGGCAUUGGAAAACCUCCCUGGUCUUUGUGGUUGAACCUGUGUUUGAAAUUCACUGCCUGACUGAGGGACCUUACAGAUAAUUUUAUGUGUGGGGUACAGAGAUGAGGUAGUCAUUCAAAAAUCAUGUUAAACACUAUUAUUAUGUGACUUUUUAAUUCCAUUUUUACUCCUGAACUUUAUUUAGGCAUGCCAUAAAAAAGGGGUUGAAUAAUUAUUGACUCAAGACAUUUCAGCUUUUCAUUUCUAAUUAAUUUGUUAACAUUUUGAAAAACAUAAUUCCACUUUAACAUUAUGGGGUUUUGUGUGUAGGCCAGUGACAAAACAUCUCAAUUUAAUCCAUUUUAAAUUCAGGCUGUAACACAACAAAAUGUGGAAAAAGUCAAGGGGUGUGAAUACUUUCUGAAGGUGCUGUAUGUUAGUGCUGGGCUAGGACAAAAAUAUGCACCUCCCUGGAAUGAGUUGGCAGACAUUGCUCCAACCAACUAAGCCAUCUUUCCAUCACCAACCACUGUACCCUCUUGGUGUUCCAAUAGUGCUACAAGAGCUCCAAGGAGCAGAUGCCGCUGUUGGACGUGAGCCUGCUGGGCUGCAGUGUGGUCUACAAGGAGAAGCAGCCCAAGAGGAAGGAGCACAAGCUGAAGAUCAUCCUCAUGGGAGGAGAGGCCAUUGUUCUGGGCCUGCAGAGCAAGGAGCAGACAGAGCAGUGGCUUAAGGUAUAGGGACUGGAGAUGGAGAGACGAUUGGUGGGGGUUGGAGUCAGACUGCAUGGUUGUCACUUCAGUGUUGGAGUCAAUUCCAUUUUAAUUCAGUCAUUAAAAAAUUUCACAAUUUGCUUUUCAAUGAGAAAAAUUUGAAUUUCUGUUGAUUUCCUGAAUUAAAAUAGAAUCAAUCCCCAACCCUGAUUUAUAUACAAUAAUGUCAAUGAUGAUAAUGGAUUGGAUUGAUAUAGAGCUUUUCCAGAUGCUUUAGAAAGGGAAGGGGGCACAUACCUAUUGGUCUUGUUUCCUUGUCAGGUGAUCCAGGAGAUCAGCCCUAAACCAGCAGAGGGCUCUGAGAUGCAGCACUUUGUGUCCGACUCCCCACGACUCAUCUGCACUAAGGUAGAACACCAUCAAAAGAGCACAAUCAAUGUAUUUACUGGUAGUUAUGGCUAUCAGGGGUGAGAUUGGUUAUAACCUCUCGUGGACAGACACACAUAACAUAACUGGUAUCAUAGCGUCUGUCAACAGACUGUGGGAUGCAACGAAUAACAAGGAACUUUGUUACGAUGUGCAGAUUUUUUGUCACUGAUCAUUUGGUGUUCACAUCUUUAACAUUUUGGAAGAGGAGGGGACAUACAGUGCCUUCAGAAAGUGUUUAUACCACUUGACUUAUUCCACAUUUUGUUGUUACAGCCUGAAUUCAAAAUGGGUUAAAAUGUAUUUUUAUUUUCUCACUCAUCUACACACAAUACCCCAUAAUCAGAAAGUGAAAGCAUGCUUUUAGAAAUGUUUGCAAAUGUAUUAAACAUGAAAUACUGAAAUAUCUAAUUUACUGUGAGUCUUUCUGGGUAAGUCUCUAAGAGCUUUGCACACCUGGAUAGUACAAUAUUUGCACUUUAAUAUUUUUUAAAUACUUAAAGCUCUGUCAAUUACGUUGUUGAUCAUUGCUAGACAGCCAUUUUCAAGUCCUGCCAUAGAUUUUCAAGCCGAUUUAAGUCAAAACUGUAACAGGCUUCCUUCUUUUCACUCUGUCAUUUAGGUUAGUAUUGUGGAUUAACUACAAUGUUGUUGAUCCAUCCUCAGAUUUCUCCUAUCACAGCCAUUAAACUCUGCAACUGUUUAAGCCUCAUGGUGAAAUCCCUGAACGGUUUCCUUCCUCUCCGGCAACUGAAUUAGGAAGGACGCCUGUAUCUUUGUAGUGACUGGGUGUAUUGAUACACCAUCCAAAGUGUAAUUAAUAACUUCACCAUGCGCAAAGAGUUAUUAUAAACUGGGUGGUUCGAGCCCAGAAUGCUGAUUGGCUGACAACCAUGGUAUAUCAGACCGUAUACCACAGGUAUGACAAAACAUGUAUUUUUACUGCUCUAAUUACAUUGGUAACCAGCUUAUAAUACACUGAACAAAAAUAUAAAUGCAAUAUGCAACAAUGUCAAACAGUUUAUAUAAGGAAAUCAGUCAAUUUAAAUAAAUAAAUUAGGCCCUAAUUAUGGAUUUCACAUGACUGGGCAGGGGCGCAGCCAUGGGUGGGCCUGGGAGGGCAUAGGGGAGCCAGGCCCAGCUAAUCAGAAUGAGGUUUUCCCCUCAAAAGGGCUUUAUUACAGACAGAAAUAAUCCUCAGCACCCCCCCUCCUGGGCUGGCGUGGUUACAUGUGCUUUGCGGUUGUGAGGCCGGUUGGACGUACUGACAAAUUAUUUAAAACGGCGUUGGAGGUGGCUUAUGGUAGAGAAAUGAACAUUGAAUUCUCUGGCAACAGCUCUGGUGGACAUUUCUGCAGCUAUUGUGACAAUUGCACGCUCCCUCAAAACUUGAGACAGCUGUGGCAUUGUGUUGUGUGCAAAUUUUAGAGUGGCCUUUUAUCUUCCCCAGCACAAGGUGCACCUGUGUAAUGAUCAUGCUGUUUAAUCAGCUUCUUGAUAUGCCACACCUGUCAGGUGGAUGGAUUAUCUUGACAAAGCUAACAUGCUCACUAACAGAGAUGUAAACACAUUUGUACACAACAUUUGAGAGAAAUAAGCUUUUUGUGCAUAUGGAAAAUUUCUGGGAUCUUUUAUUUCAGCUCAUGAAAAAUGGGACCAACACUUUACAUUUAUAUUUUUGUUCAGUGUAGCAAUAAGCCACCUCAGGGGUUUGUGGUAUGGCCAAUAUACCACGGCUAAGGGCUGUAUCCAGGCACUCCGCAUUGCGUUGCGCGUUAGAACAGCCCUUAGCCGUGGUAUAUUGGCCAUAUACUGUAUCACACCCCCUCAGGCCUUUAUGCUUAAUUCAAUGUCUGCUUUUUCUUUUACCCAUCUACCAAUAGGUGCCCUUCUUUGUGAGGCAUUGGAAAAUCUCCCUGGUCUUUGUGGUUGAAUCUGUGUGUUUGAAAUUAACUGCUUGACUGAGGGACCUUAUAGAUAAUUGUAUGUGUGGGGUACAGAGAUGAGGUAGUCAUUCAAAAAUCAUGUUAAACACUUAUAUUGCACAAAGAGUGAGCCCAUGCAACUUAUUAUGUGACUUAUUAAGCACAUUUUUACUCCUGAACGUAUUUAGUCUUGCCAUAACAACGGGGUUGAAUACUUAUUGACUCAAGACAUUUUAGCAUUUCAUUAAAAAUUAAUUAGUUAAACAAAUUAUCAAAACUUAAUUCCACUUUCACAUUAUGGUGUAUUGUGUGGAGUCCAGUGACAAAAAAAAUCUAAAUUGUAUCCAUUUUAAAUUCAGGCUGUAACAACAAAAUGUGGAAAAAGUCAAGGGGUGUGAAUACUUGCCCCUAACUUCUAAAUAGUGGGAGCUGGAGCUACCACCCUGCUUCCACUCCUCGUUCUAAUAUAUUUUCUAACACGUCUACCCCCAGAACUGAUACAGUUACGCAAUAUUUUUGUUCUGGGCUUCUGAGAUUAGAUUGGUUAUAACUUGGUUAUAUGUUAAAGUUACAAAACUGCUGUCAAGCACGGUUUUAUCUGACUAGUGUAAGUACAAGUAACUACUUCAUAAUGGGGUUUCAAUAGGGAAUAUGGGACAUGCUUUCUGUUCCCUUGGUACUGGGAGCUUGUAGAAAGGGCCUGAUUGAAUCAGGUGAUGUUAGAGCUGGGCUAGAACAAAAAUGUCCACACCUUGGGGGUCCGCCAGGAAUGGAUUGAAAAACACAAUCAAUAGUCAGUCAUGCUUCACAAGAGUUGUGUACAAUUGUUUAUGUUUGAGUAGAGUUAGUGUCUGUAUGGUAUGUGUGUGUGUGAUUAAGUUGUGUGUGUAUAGUAAAUGUGUGUGGCGGUCUCUAUACACAGGGGGAGCUCAGUGAGAGGUAUUCAGUUGCAUCUGAAAGUGGCAGCAGCACAGACAGCCAUGCUGAGACCCUUGAAACUAAAGAUGGUGAGUAACUGAUGAGGAUCAGUCUCAGCACUGAUCCUCAUCAAGUAUGGUGAAGUUGCCGCUAGAGGCUGACCUUGGGUCAGUUUAGCCUUUUCCCCACUAAUGGUUGAGGUUAGGAUUGCGGGAGGAGAAGUUGAUCCUAGAUUUGUACCUAGGGGACGCUUCCCCCAGAGUGAUCCUAACUGGAGGAGUGCUCUGAUAAUCUGACCAACCCGCUCAGAAUGCUCUACCUCCAAUAGAGAGUUUUAUGGUAGUGCAUUAUGUCAGAUGGAACAUGUUAUAAAAGUGUGUUACACUUAAAAAAAUGCUGGGUAAAAAACAAUUUGGGUUAUUUGGUAACCCAGCGCUGGGUAAAUAUUGGACAGAACACACGCUGGGUUAUUUUCAUCCAGGCAGUUGGAUUAUGAUGUUUUUUUUGGAUUACCCAAACAUGGCUUAAUUUAACCAUAGUUGGGUUUUUAUUCACUUUCAUGCUGGGUUGACCCAGCAGCUGGGUCUUUUUUAAUGUAAUCCAUAGGUUAAUUUUAGGAGGUGUGGCCUAUUAGGGGCAUGGUUUCAUAUAGUUAUGUUUGGCCACCCGUGGCAAUAAAUGUAAUUCCUGUUCAUCAUGUUAAGUUUGUGCACUGCAAUUUUCAUAGAAUAUUUAGAAUAUUUGUAUUUAUUAAUUAAUAACAUUAUAAUUUACAUUAUUGUAACAAAGUGGUAUCUAUCCCAACAUUGGGAUAUGCAUAGGCUCUUGAAGAACUCAUUAAAGCUUGUUAGGUUCUAAAUAAACAGGAAGAAAACUAAUGGACGACUAGGAAAAGCUCAAACCAAGUUUAUUUACCCACUGGGUCAAACAGCUGCAAAGACAAAAACAUGUUUCCACAAGUACAUAGAAACUCAACAAAAAAAGAAACGUCCUCUCACUGUCAUCUGAUUCAUCAACUGAGACAUAAACUGAACAAGUUCCACAGACAUGUGACAAACAUAAAUUGAAUAAUGUGUCCCUGAACAAAGGGGGGGUCACUUUUUGCCAGUCCUGUCUGGUCCAGUGACGGUGGGUUUGUGCCCAUAGGCGACGUUGUUGCCGGUGAUGUCUGGUGAGGACCUGCCUUACAACAGGCCUACAAGCCCUCAGUCCAGCCUAUCUCAGCCUACUGCGGACAGUCUGAGCACUGAUGGAGGGAUUGUGCGUUCCUGGUGUAACUCGGGCAGUUGUUGUUGCCAUCCUGUACCUGUCCCACAGGUGUGAUGUUCGGAUGUACCGACCCUGUGCCGGUGUUGUUACACGUGGUCUGCCACUGCGAGGAUGAUCAGCUGUCCGUCCUGUCUCCCUGUAGCGCUGUCUUAGGCGUCUCACAGUACGGACAUUGUAAUUUAUUGACUUGGCCACAUCUGCAGUCCUCAUGCCUCCUUGCAGCAUGCCUAAGGCACGUUCACACAGAAGAGCAGAGACACUGGGUAUCUUUCUUUUGGUGUUUUUCAGAGUCAGUAGAAAGGCCUCUUUAGUGUCCUAAGUUUUCAUAACUGUGACAUUAAUUGCCUACUGUCUGUAAGCUGUUAGUGUCUUAACAACCGUUCCACAAGUACAUGUUCAUUAAUUGUUUAUGCUUCAUUGAACAAGCAUGGGAAACAAUAUUUAAACCCUUUACAAUGAAGAUCUGUGAAGUUAUUUGGAUUUUUACUAAUUAUCUUUGAAAGACAGGGUCCUGAAAAAGGGACAUUUCUUUUUUUGCUAAGUUUAUUUAAACGCUCCUUUAGGCGGAGUCUCCUCCUUUUCUCUAAACACUACAUCUUUGUUGCUAUGCAGGAAGUUAAGUGAUGUGGGCAAUAAACUGUUCCUUCUCCCUUCGUGUUACCUGACCUGACCUCGGUCCACAUUCCUCACUAAUCCACAGCUAUCCACCCUUAUCAGUGACCGCAACCAUGUGAUUGUCUUUUCCCUUACUUAGUAACUUUUCAGACCCAUACUUUUGGACAAAAAAAUUGCUUUUCUUUCGAAAACAAGGACAUUUCUAAGUGACCCCAAACUUUUGAAUGGUAGUGUACAUUCCGCAUACAUGUAACCAUUAACUUCUAGUAUAGCAAGUAUUUCAAACUAGAACCCAACAAAAUACAAAAGUAUCAGUGUUCAACCUUAACAAUACAACAGAACAGAUUAACCAGAAUGACAUUUACACUCAUGGGUGGCCAAAAAGAACUAUCUGAAAGCCACGCCCCUACUAAGUCACAUCUUCUGAUCUGACCUGUUGGGUCAUAUCUCAAGAACCCAGUAUCAAUCAUCCAGCAUCAACAACCCAACCUUGCCCUUUUAAAGAAAAUAACCCAACUAAGUGACCCAAUGCCUGCAACCCAGCGGUUCCGCCAUCCAAACAACACAGAUUUGUUUUUGUGUACCCUUACUCUUAAAUUGAAUUUGAUUUGAUUUGUUUUGGUUUUUGCCCUAGCACUACACAGCUGAUUCAAAUAAUCAAAGCUUGAUGAUGAGUUGGUUAUUUGAAUCAGCUGUGUAGUGCUAGGGCUAAAACCAAAACAAAUCAAAUCAAAUUUGCGCCGAAUACAACAGGGGUAGACCUUACAGUGAAAUGCUUACUUACAAGCCCUUAACCAACGAUGCAGUUUAUAAGAAAAGAAAAAGAAGUGUUAAGUAAAAAAAUAGAUAAGUAAAAAAUAAAAAUUAGCAAAUAAUUAAAGAGCAGCAGUAAUAUAAAAUAACAGUAGGGAGGCUAUAUACAGGGGGUACCGGUACAGAGUCAAUGUGCGGGGGCACCGGUUAGUCGAGGUAAUUAAGGUAAUAUGUACAUGUGGGUAGAGUUAAAGUGACUAUGCAUAAAUAAUAAACAGAGUAGCAGCAGCAUAAAAGAGAGGGGAGUGGGCAAUGCAAAUAUUCCAGGUAGCCAUGAUUAGCUGUUCAGGACUCUUAUGGCUUGGAGGUAGAAGCUGUUAAGAACCUUUUGGACCUAGACUUGGUGCUCCGGUACCGCUUGCCGUGCGGUAGCAGAGAGAACAGUCUAUGACUAGGGUGGCUGGAGUCUUUGACAAGUUUUAGGGCCUUCCUCUGACACCGCUUGGUAUAGAGGUCCUGGAUGGCAGGAAGCUACCCUCUGUAGUGCCUUGCGGUCGGAGGCUGAGCAGUUGCCAUACCAGGCGGUGAUGCAACCAUUCGGGAUGCUCUCGAUGGUGCAGCUGUAUAACUUUUUGAGGAUCUGAGGACCCAUGCCAAAUCUUUGCAGUCUCCUGAGGGGGAAUAAGCUUUGUCCCCAGGACCGAGUUUGGGAAACCCUGCUCUAGCCAACAGCUCGCAGAUACAAUGCAGGUAUAUCCUACUACAUGAUUACAUUAUUAUGAACAAGAGAUCAUUUUUAUUUGUCAAACGGUAGCCAAGCAUCGAUCAUCAUGUCAACAGAAUAAGACCCUCAAUAUUUAUUGGAAAGGAGCUUGAAAAUCAUCACCAUGCACUUUCACCACCCUGUGAAGUUCAUCAUAAUUUAUUUAAUCUGUAACCUAGUAAACUGCAUACUUUCCCAAGUCGCAGUGAGAGGACCACACAACAUAUCAUCGUGUGACUCCAAGUUUAUUUUGGUGUGAUGGUUAUUAUAUCAAUAUUUGCAUGAUGGUUAUUGGUUAUUUCUUGCAUAAUUAAUUAUACAUACACGAAAAGAUCCCACCUUAUCUAGCGUAUUUUGUUUUGUCGACAUUUGGAAAGUUUACCACCAAAUUUACUGUUUCCAUCAGGCCUGUUGUGACAUUUUUUAUCCGACGUAUUUACUCGCAUAAAAAGGUUGGAUGAAAACCUGGUUAAAGUAGCUAAGUACUUUCUGUGAAUAUUGAGGCAAUCGAUUUUGGGAGAUUGACGAUUAUGAAUUAAUAUAAAAAUAUACUCUUUGAUUAUAAAAAUAUACUCUUGUAAUGAUCUUAACACAAUUUACAAAUGUUCAUAUUCAUGACUACUUCAUGUACAGUGAGGGGAAAAAGUAUUUGAUCCCCUGCUGAUUUUGUACGUUUGCCCACUGACAAAGACAUGAUCAGUCUAUAAUUUUAAUGGUAGGUUUAUUGGAACAGUGAGAGACAGAAUAACAACAAAACAAUCCAGAAAAACCAGAAUAAAUUGAUUUGCAUUUUAAUGAGGGAAAUAAGUAUUUGACCCCUCUGCAAAACAUGACUUAGUACUUGGUGGCAAAACCCUUGUUGGCAAUCACAGAGGUCAGACGUUUCUUGUAGUUGGCCACCAGGUUUGCACACAUCUCAGGAGGGAUUUUGUCCCACGCCUCUUUGCAGAUCUUCUCCAAGUCAUUAAGGUUUCGAGGCUGAUGUUUGGCAACUCGAACCUUCAGCUCCCUCCACAGAUUUUCUAUGGGAUUAAGGUCUGGAGACUGGCUAGGCCACUCCAGGACCUUAAUGUGCUUCUUCUUGAGCCACUCCUUUGUUGCCUUGACCGUGUGUUUUGGGUCAUUGUCAUGCUGGAAUAUCCAUCCACAACCCAUUUUCAAUGCCCUGGCUGAGGGAAGGAGGUUCUCACCCAAGAUUUGACGGUACAUGGCCCCGUCCAUCGUCCCUUUGAUGCGGUGAAGUUGUCCUGUCCCCUUAGCAGAAAAACACCCCCAAAGCAUAAUGUUUCCACCUCCAUGUUUGACGGUGGGGAUGGUGUUCUUGGGGUCAUAGGCUGCAUUCCUCCUCCUCCAAACACGUCGAGUUGAGCUGAUGCCAAAGAGUUCGAUUUGGUCUCAUCUGACCACAACACUUUCACCCAGUUCUCCUCUGAAUCAUUCAGAUGUUCAUUGGCAAACUUCAGACGGGCCUGUAUAUGUGCUUUCUUGAGCAGGGGAACCUUGCGGGCGCUGCAGGAUUUCAGUCCUUCACGGCGUAGUGUGUUACCAAUUGUUUUCUUGGUGACUAUGGUCCCAGCUGCCUUGAGAUCAUUGACAAGAUCCUCCCGUGUAGUUCUGGGCUGAUUCCUCACCGUUCUCAUGAUCAUUUUAACUCCACGAGGUGAGAUCUUGCAUGGAGCCCCAGGCCGAGGGAGAUUGACAGUUAUUUUGUGUUUCUUCCAUUUGCGAAUAAUCGCACCAACUGUUGUCACCUUCUCACCAAGCUGCUUGGCGAUGGUCUUGUAGCCCAUUCCAGCCUUGUGUAGGUCUACAAUCUUGUCCCUGACAUCCUUGGAGAGCUCUUUGGUCUUGGCCAUGGUGGAGAGUUUGGGAUCGGAUUGAUUGAUUGCUUCUGUGUACAGGUGUCUUUUAUACAGGUAACAAACUGAGAUUAGGAGCACUCCCUUUAAGAGUGUGCUCCUAAUCUCAGCUCAUUACCUGUAUAAUAGACACUUGGGAGCCAGAAAUCUUUCUGAUUGAGAGGGGGUCAAAUACUUAUUUCCCUCAUUAAAAUGCAAAUCAAUUUAUAACAUUUUUGACAUGUGUUUUUCUGGAUUUUUUUUAUGUCUCUCACUGUUCAAAUAAACCUACCAUUAAAAUUACAAACUGAUCUUUUCUUUGUCAGUGGGCAAACGUACAAAAUCAGCAGGGGAUCAAAUACUUUUUUCCCUCACUGUAUAUACCAAAAUGUUGUUGUUGGGUCUCUUGGUUUAGAACCUUUCUGCCUUCAUCCUUUACAGUGAAGAAGAAAUACAGUGCAGGCCUGAAAUUCAGUAACUUAAUGAACAUUGGCAAGAAGAAGACCUCUUCCUUAGACAGUCCAGAGAAAUGUGUCGACACCUCAGGUAAAUGGAGAGGGCCUCUAGGGCUAGGCACAUUAGCCAUUACCCCUGCCAACAUACAGUACAACCAAAGUCACUGGAAAGGAUUCAAACAAACCGCAAUGCAGUACGAUGACUGCAUAUUGCGGUUUGUUUGAAUCCAGCCCUAUCUCUCUUUCUUUUUCACUUUAUUUUUCUUGUCUCCUUAUUCACCUGCUCUCUGUCUCUGUCAUCCCCUCUUAUCUAUCUGGCCUUCACUUUCCUUUCCCCUCCCUCUUUCAUUUCAAUUUGUUGACCUUUAUUGGCAUGAAAUUCCAUAAUCUUACCAGGGGUGGCUGGUGGGUGAAGAUAUCGGAGGAUGGGCUCAUUGUAAUGGCUGCAAUGAAAGUAAUGGAACAGUAUUCCACAUGGAAACAAUGUGGUUUAUAUGUUUAAUACCUUUCCAUUUAUUCUAUUCCAUUGAUUACGAUGUGCCCAUCCUCCUAUACCUCCACCCACCAGCCUCCUCUAAAUCUUACAUUCUCAAAGCAAACAUAGAGGGCCAAUUGCAACCAUGAGGCAGAACUUAACGUGCAGCUGUGUAUAAGUGCUGGAUUUCUUAAAAUGCUACUAACGGGAGAUUAUAUGCACCUGCAUGUUAAAAUAAACUUCCUUGCGACUGAAAACCCAGACUAAACCAGCAGAUCAGUUGAUCUCAUGUUGUUACCGUGUCAAGCGAGUCUGAUACUAGACAGCUGUGUCUAGGUUCUCUACUCCUGCCCCACAAAAAGUAUUGACCUAUCGGUAACAUUGAAAAUCGCAAGGCUGGUAAUUCAUAUAAAAUACUUAUUGUAAGAAUAUAGGAUUAUAUUUCAUACAAACAUUUCAUCUUGAAUUUCAACUUAAUUAGAAUAUAAUUUGUGUCAUUUGAAAUAUUUUUAUUAGACGAUGAUUGAAUGAAAACAGAGAUUAUAUUAACUCAAUCAUGAUUGGCUGUUUAUGGUUACAAAUUUUAGGUGUGGACAGUUCAGGGAUAUUUAUUUAUUUAUUAUUCACCCCUUGAUAAGAAAUGACCAUACUGUAUUAAGACAAGUUGUUAUUAAUGUAUUACAUAAAUUGGAAAUGAAAAAGUAUGUACACCAACAUGAGUUUUCCAUUCAAAAAAUGUGCAGAGUAAAUUGCCACUGUAGAUUUGCCGUGGUAAAUUAGGAAAUACUUUAUUUCAGUUGUAUGGAAUGAUUGGCAAAUAGAUAACUCACUCUUAGUCUGCUCAAAGAGGAGGUUUUAUUUGUACCAAUGAUAAUACCCACCAGAGGACGGAAAUAUCUAGAAAAAUGUUGGCAGCAACCACAACUUAACGUUAACACCCACAUCAGCUUUACGGAGUGUAAUACAAUGGCCGUUAGUGGUUGCAAUUGAGAUCAGCUGUGCGGGUGAUCUUAGCGCUUAUUGAUGGUUUAACCAGAGAUUCCUGCGGUGAUAUGGUGCCCAAUGCUGGUUGCAAAAGGCCCAUAGGAACCUAUUAAAUAUAUUAUGACGGACAGGAAAGUAUAAUAUACAAUGAAUGAUCACAAUUAGUAGUACAGUACAGUAAUAACAGGGAUAUCAAAUUCUCUCUUUCACCCUCUCUCGCUCACAAUCUCCCCUCUCUCUGUCCCUCACCACACAAUUUAAUUCAAUUCAGUAGACUUAAUUGAUAUGGCAAGUUAAACUUACAUUGCCAAAGUAAACAUAUAACAAUAUGGUCUCUCUUUCAGGUUACCUCAACGUGCUGGUAAACAGUCAGUGGAGGAGCCGCUGGUGUCUGAUAAAAAAUGGGCAGCUGGGGUUUUACCAGGACAAGGGCAAGACUAAAGUGGCCCAGCAGCCUGUGCCUCUGGAGGGAUGCAUGGUCCUGCCAAACCCCAGCCCUGAGCACCUCUACUCCUUCCGGAUCCAGAUGGAUGGGGUACAGCUAGCCACGCUAGAGGUAGGAGGGGGGAGGUAGGCAAGGGGAGGGCUUUGGGGUAGAGAGAGAGAUGAUAUGCACACACAAAUGAACGCACACACACAGACACACACAUCUUUGGCCUUGACACUGUAUUAUUGCAUGUUGUACCAUUACAUAUAAUUUAUAAUUCCAUGGAAAUCAGUAAUCAGGACAGCUCUUGUAAAAGCCCUUUACUAAGUCCCUAGUACAGCAGGAGUUGACCUCAUAUGAGAACCUGGCCCCUGUCCCUCUCCCAUAUACUUACUGAGAACAGUCCCCAUUCUAGAAAUGCACGCACACACCAAACCCCACCCGCCAGACACACAUCGCACAGACACAGGGUGUGGAACCACUCUUUGGAUUGGCCCAAUGUUGUUGUGGUGAAGAACAUUGUCAUGUUCGUUUAAGGACGGGUCAGACCAAGGCGCAGCGUGAAAUGCAUACAUGUUUAUUUCAACGAUAAACACGAACAAAACAAGGUAACGUGAAGUCCUCAGGCUAAACACAAUACAAGCCUCUAACACGGAACAAGAUCACACAACUAAUGAUUGCAAACAGGCUGCCUAAGUAUGAUCCCCAAUCAGAGACAACGAGCGACAGCUGCCUCUGAUUGGGAAUCACACCCGGCCAAACAUAGAAAUACAAUAACUAGAAUGUGAACAUGGAAAUAAUGACAUAGAUCUCCACACCCUGACUCAACAUACUAGAGUCCCAUAAGUCAGGGCGUGACAGUACCCCCCCCAAAGGUGCGGACACCGACCGCACAAACCUGACAUAACAGGGUAGGGUCCGGGUGGGCAUUCCACCUCGGAGGCGGAUCCGGCUCCGGGCGUGACAACCACAUUCUCUCAGCCUCCCCCGUUGCGCCCCUGGUCUGGUCUGGACCUCGGCGCGCUGCUUCCCCUCUCCUUCCUCCCACGAUGUACCAAGCCCUGUCUGGACCCUGGUGUGGGAGACCCCGAACCUGGAGAGGGGCUGACGUCUGGGUCUGGACUGGAGCCGCUGACCGGAGCUGGACUGGACACCGGUGGAGCGGACUGCUCUGGCUCCGGACUGGAGCUGCUGACCGGAGCUGGACUGUGCACUGGUGGAGCGGACUGUCUGGCUCCGGAGUGGAGCUGCUGACCGGUGGAACGGGCACGGGCCGUGCCGGACUAGGAACACGCACCACUGGCUUGGUGCGAGGAGCAGGAACGGGCCGGACUGGCGACACGCACCACUGGCUUGGUGCGGGGAGCAGGCAUGGGCCGUCUCCUGAGUGGCGCAGUGGUCUAAGGCACUGCAUCGCAGUGCUAACUGUGCCACUAGAGAUCCUGGUUCGAAUCCAGGCUCUGUCGCAGCCGGCCGCGACCGGGAGACUCAUGGGCGGCGCACAAUUGGCCCAGCGUCGUCCAGGGUAGGGGAGGGAAUGGCCGGCAGGGGUGUAGCUCAGUUGAUAGAGCAUGGCGUUUGCAAUGCCAGGGUUGUGGGUUUGAUUCCCACGGGGGGCAAGUAUAAAAUAUAUAUAUAUAUAUAUGUAUUCACUAACUGUAAGUCGCUCUGGAUAAGAGCGUCUGCUAAAUGACUAAAAUGUAAAUGUAAAUGUACCGGACUGGGAACACGCACCACUGGUCUGGUGCGAGGAGCAGGAACGGGCCGGACCGGACUGGGGACACACACCACUGGCUUGGUGCGGGGAGCAGGCACGGGCCGUACCAGACUGGGAACAUGCACCACUGGCCUGGUGCGAGGAACAGGAACGGGCCGGGCCGGACUGGGAACACGCAACACUGGUCUGGUUCGAGGAACAGGCCGGACUGGGAACACGCACCAAUGGCUUGGUGCGGGGAGCAGGAACGGGCCGGGCCGGACUGGAAACACGCACCACUGGUCUGGUGCGAGGAGCAGGAACGGGCCGGGCCGGACUGGAGACACGCACCACAGGUCUGGUGCGAGGAGCAGGAACGGGCCGGGCCGGACUGGAGACACGCACCACAGGUCUGGUGCGAGGAGCAGGAACGGGCCGGGCCGGACUGGGAACACGCACCACAGGUCUGGUGCGAGGAGCAGGAACGGGCCGGGCCGGACUGGGAACACACACCACUGGCUUGGUGCGGGGAGCAGGUAUGGGCCGGGCCGGACUGGCGACACGCACCACUGGCUUGGUGCGGGGAGCAGGCACGGGCCGGGCCGGACUGGUGAGGUGCACUGGAGACCAGGAGCGUUGAGCCGGCACAACCCGUCCUGGCUGGCUGCCCACUUUCGCAGGACACAUGCGGGGCGCUGGCACAGAACGCACUGGGCUGUGCAUGCGCAUUGGCGAUACAGUGCGUAUCUCUGCAUACAUGGGUUCCUCUAUUAACCCACGCUCCUUAUGUUGCCUAACCAGCUCCUCUCUCCGUGCAUCUACCUCCUCCUUCUCCCUACGAGCCUCCUGCAGUGCCUCCUCUUGAAUGGAACUCUCCCGCUCUAUUCUUGCUAUCAGCCCCUGUAAUGUGGUGGCCUCCUCUCUUACCCUGCAGAUCCGAUCCUUCUCUCUCUCUCUCGGCACUCCUCCUCCAGUGAGGACUCCUCCGGGAGCCCCCACGAGUUAGGGAACAGAAACUCAUCGUCGUCAUCCUCCGACUCCUCAGUAUAAAACUGUUCCCACUCUUCUUCCCAUGGUCGUAGGGACUCAACCUGGAAACCCACCGGGUGCAAUGGUCAGGGCUCUUCUCUCUCGCUCCCCGACCACCCCUUUAGCCCCCCAAUUUUUUUUUCUUGGGACUGCCUCUCGGGCUUCCUCCUCGGCCGGCGCCUUCUGUGUUGCCAUUGCUCCACUCCUGCCUGGGCUUCCUUCUUCUCACAGGGUCCCUUCCCCGCAAAUAUCUCCUCCCAAGACCAAAUCUUCCCCACCUGAGUCCAGGGUGUUUGCUCCUGGGCACGCUGCUUGGUCCGUGUUUGGUGGGAUCUUCUGUCACGUUCGUUUAAGGACGGGUCAGACCAAGGCGCAGCGUGAAAUGCAUACAUGUUUAUUUCAACGAUAAACACGAACAAAACAACAAAACAACGUAACGUGAAGUCUUCUGGCUAAACACAAUACAAGCCUCUAACACGGAACAAGAUCCCACAACUAAUGAUUGCAAACAGGCUGCCUAAGUAUGAUCCCCAAUCAGAGACAACAAGCGACAGCUACCUCUGAUUGGGAAUCACACCCGGCCAAACAUAGAAAUACAAUAACUAGAAUGUGAACAUGGAAAUAAUGACAUAGAUCUCCACACCCACACUCAAAAUACUAGAGUCCCAUAAGUCAGGGCGUGACAAACAUGUACAGUGAGGAAAAAAGUAUUUGAUCCCCUGCUGAUUUUGUACGUUUGCCCACUGACAAAGAAAUGAUCAGUCUAUAAUUUUAAUGGUAGGUUUAUUUGAACAGUGAGAGACAGAAUAACAACAAAAAAAUCCAGAAAAACGAAUGUCAAAAAUGUUAUAAAUUGAUUUGCAUUUUAAUGAGGGAAAUAAGUAUUUGACCCCCUCUCAAUCAGAAAGAUUUCUGGCUCCCAGGUGUCUUUUAUACAGGUAAAGAGCUGAGAUUAGGAGCACACUCUUAAAGGGAGUGCUCCUAAUCUCAGUUUGUUACCUGUAUAAAAGACACCUGUCCACAGAAGCAAUCAAUCAAUCAGAUUCCAAACUCUCCACCAUGGCCAAGACCAAAGAGCUCUCCAAGGAUGUCAGGGACAAGUUUGUAGACCUAUACAAGGCUGGAAUGGGCUACAAUACCAUCGCCAAGCAGCUUGGUGAGAAGGUGACAACAGUUGGUGUGAUUAUUCGCAAAUGGAAGAAACACAAAAGAACUGUCAAUCUCCCUCGGCCUGGGGCUCCAUGCAAGAUCUCACCUCGUGGAGUUAAAAUUAUCAUGAGAACGGUGAGGAAUCAGCCCAGAAAUAUACGGGAGGAUCUUGUCAAUGAUCUCAAGGCAGCUGGGACCAUAGUCACCAAGAAAACAAUUGGAAACACACUACGCCGUGAAGGACUGAAAUCCUGAAGCGCCCGCAACGUCCCCCUGCUCAAGAAAGCACAUACACAUGCCCGUCUGAAGUCUGCCAAUGAACAUCUGAAUGAUUCAGAGGAGAACUGGGUGAAAGUUUUGUGGUCAGAUGAGACCAAAAUCGAGCUCUUUGGCAUCAACUCAACUUGCCAUGUUUGGAGGAGGAGGAAUGCUGCCUAUGACCCUAAGAACACCAUCCCCACCGUCAAACAUGGAGGUGUAAACAUUAUGCUUUGGGGGUGUUUUUCUGCUAAGGGGACAGGACAACUUCACCGCAUCAAAGGGACGAUGGAUGGGGCCAUGUACCGUCAAAUCAUGGGUGAGAACCUCCUUCCCUCAGCCAGGGCAUUGAAAAUGGGUCGUGGAUGGGUAUUCCAGCACGGCAAUGACCCAAAACACACGGCCAAGGCAACAAAGGAGUGGCUCAAGAAGAAGCACAUUAAGGUCCUGGAGUGGCCUAGCCAGUCUCCAGACCUUAAUCCCAUAGAAAAUAUGUGGAGGGAGCUGAAGGUUCGAGUUGCCAAACGUCAGCCUCGAAACCUUAAUGACUUGGAGAAGAUCUGCAAAGAAGAGUGGGACAAAAUCCCUCCUGAGAUGUGUGCAAACCUGGUGGCCAACUACAAGAAACGUCUGACCUCUGUGAUUGCCAACAAGGGUUUUGCCACCAAGUACUAAGUCAUGUUUUGCAGAGGGGUCAAAUACUUAUUUCUCUCAUUAAAAUGCACAUCAAUUUAUAAUAUUGCGUUUUUUCUGGAUUUUUUUGUUGUUAUUCUGUCUCUCACUGUUCAAAUAAACCUACCAUUAAAAUGAUAGACUGAUCAUGUCUUUGUCAGUGGGCAAACGUACAAAAUCAGCAGGGGAUCAAAUACUUUCUGCUCCUCUACUCUUUCCCCUCCUCUCCCCCUCCUCUCCACUCCUCUCCUCUUCUGUCCUCUCUGCUACCAUCUCUCCUCCCCUCUUCCCCUGUCCUCUCCUCUAUGCCCCUUUCCACUCCCAGGCCAAGUCGUCAGCUGAUAUGGGUCACUGGCUGGGUCUUCUGCUAUCCCAGACUGGGACUAAGACAGACCCUGAAGAACUCACCUAUGAUUAUGUCAACUCCGAAAGGAUCUCCAGCAUAGUCAAUGCAGCCAAGACCUCCUUGUAGUGAGUCAAUUUAUCACAGUGUGUGUGUGUGUGUGUGAGAGAGAGAGAGCUUAUACAGUAAUAUGUGUGUGUAUUCUUCAGUCUGAUGCAGAGGAGGUACUCAGAGCCUAGCACCUACAUAGACAGCCUUUCCUCGGCCCCCCACGGUUCAGAUGACAUAUAUGACGAUGUGGCUUCUAUAGAGGGCGAACAAGAGGUGAGCUCACUACAUCAAUACAACAACACAUUCAAGAGUAUUAUUUUGGCCACAUACACACAGUUUGUACCACUGAUGCACAACCCAUUUGACACAACAGCAAGUUUGUCUGCACAGCAAAGGUUACACAACGGUUGUUGAGACACACAGCACAAUGGUUGUGUAAACAUUUGUGUGCAGACAAACUCACUGUUGUAUCACAGAAAUAUCUGUUGUGUCCAAUGUGUUGUACAUCAGUUAUACAACCUGAGUGUGUAUGGGGUGUGUAUAGCUGAGUGUGUAUAGCUUCUUGCUCUUUCUGGGUGUUCUCUAGUUUGGAGUGCAGAGAGCUAAUGGAAACAUAAUGUAUCUCUGAGUGGGUUGAUACGUGCUACAUUUGCUCACAGCAAGUUGGCCAGUGUUACCUAGCGUUGAUUUUUCAGUGUUACAUUUCUAGUGUUGAUACCAGUGUUAAAUUAACACUAAUUGGUGUAAAAUAACCCCAGUGUUGAUGUUAAUAGCCAGUGUUAAACAAAAAUCACGCCCAUCAUUAUCAUAUUUCUCAGCAUGUUCUAUUGCUGGUUGAUUUUUAGAAUUGUUUAUUUCAGUAUUUAUGUUUUUGCAUGUUUGAUGAAUUAAUCUUAUGCUACUCAAAUAUAAAUAACAUACAUAUUUCUAAACUAAUCCAAUCUGUUACAAAUUGCACCCGUUACUGAAAUGAUUUUUCCAGUUUAGAUGGUUUAGGUUGUCUCAUAUCUUUUAGUGAGGGGAAGCUCAGGUCUUUUUGACUAGUUCAGUCAAAAUAAUUAAUCUUUCGACUAAUUUCGUUCAUUUGAGUCAGUAAUGCCCAGAGCACGCAGGACCCCCUAAUGAAGAAAGGACAAGACAGUGGUCUACAAGCAGCCAAAGUCACAGCUCCCCAAACCCAACAUCCCUGCCAACAGCGCUACAGCGCCAACGCCUACUAAACCAACUGCCAUUGACCAAACAUAAGAUGAAGGUCACCAACUGAAGAACAUUCAGGACACUGCCUGGAACAUUCAGCCAACACAACAUCCAUAUUCAGUUAGGCUGAUGUAGUUUAAUAUAGAAUGCCUAGUAUGCUUACAACUCAAAUCAAAUUGUAUUUGUCACCUGUAAACAACAGGUGUAGACUAACAGUGAAAUGCUUAUGGGUCCUUUUCCAACAAUGCAGAGUUAAGAUAAUGAUAAAAAAUUAAAUAAAAAUGGUGACACAAAAGAUUUAUACACAGUGAAUAAUGAAUAACAAUAUGAAGUAAAAGUAACAUGGCUAUAUACAUUUACAUUUACGUCAUUUAGCAGACGCUCUUAUCCAGAGCGACUUACAAAUACAGGGAGUACCAGUACCGAGUCGAUGUGCAGGGGUACGAGGUAAUUGAGGUAGCUACAGUGAGGGAAAAAAGUAUUUGAUCCCCUGCUGAUUUUGUACGUUUGCCCACUGACAAAGACAUGAUCAGUCUAUAAUUUUAAUGGUAGGUUUAUUGGAACAGUGAGAGACAGAAUAACAACAAAACAAUCCAGAAAAACGCAUGUCAAAAAUGUUAUGAAUUGAUUUGCAUUUUAAUGAGGGAAAUAAGUAUUUGACCCCUCUGCAAAACAUGAUUUAGUACUUGGUGGCAAAACCCUUGUUGGCAAUCACAGAGGUCAGACGUUUCUUGUAGUUGGCCACCAGGUUUGCACACAUCUCAGGAGGGAUUUUGUCCCACUCCUCUUUGCAGAUUUCAUUUGCAAGUCAUUAAGGUUUCAAAGCUGACGUUUGGCAACUCGAACCUUCAGCUCCCAACACAUAUAUUUUCUAUGGGAUUAAGGUCUGGAGACUGGCUAGGCCACUCCAGGACCUUAAUGUGCUUCUUCUUGAGCCACUCCUUUGUUGCCUUGGCCGUGUGUUUUGGGUCAUUGUCAUGCUGGAAUACCCAUCCACGACCCAUUUUCAAUGACCUGGCUGAGGGAAGGAGGUUCUCACCCAAGAUUUGACGGUACAUGGCCCCGUCCAUCGUCCCUUUGAUGCGGUGAAGUCUCAUCUGACCACAACACUUUCACCCAGUUCUCCUCUGAAUCAUUCAGAUGUUCAUUGGCAAACUUCAGACGGGCCUGUAAAUGUGCUUUCUUGAGCAUGGGGACGUUGUGGGCGCUGCAGGAUUUCAGUCCUUCACGGCGUAGUGUGUUACCAAUUGUUUUCUUGGUGACUAUGGUACCAGCAGCCUUGAGAUCAUUGACAAGAUCCUCCCGUAUAGUUCUGGGCUGAUUCCUCACCGUUCUCAUGAUCAUUUUAACUCCACAAGGUAAGAUCUUGCAUGGAGCCCCAGGCCGAGGGAGUUAUUUUGUGUUUCUUCCAUUUGCGAAUAAUCACACCAACUGUUGUCACCUUCUCACCAAGCUGCUUGGCGAUGGUCUUGUAGCCCAUUCCAGCCUUGUGUAGGUCUACAAUCUUGUCCCUGACAUCCUUGGAGAGCUCUUUGGUCUUGGCCAUGGUGGAGAGUUUGGAAUCUGAUUGAUUGAUUGCUUCUGUGGACAGGUGUCAUUUAUACAGGUAACAAACUGAGAUUAGGAGCACUCCCUUUAAGAGUGUGCUCCUAAUCUCAGCUCGUUACCUGUAUAAAAGACACCUGGGAGCCAGAAAUGUUUCUGAUUGAGAGGGGGUCAAAUACUUAUUUCCCUCAUUAAAAUGCAAAUCAAUUUAUAACAUUUUUGACAUGCGUUUUUCUGGAUUUUUGUGUUAUUAUUCUGUCUCUCACUGUUCAAAUAAACCUACCAUUAAAAUUAUAGACUGAUAAUUUCUUUGUCAGUGGGCAAAUGUACAAAAUCAGCAGGGGAUCAAAUACUUUUUUCCCUCACUGUAUAAUUGUAAAGGCUUAGCAGAUAAUAUGGAAAGACCAUCAAUAUUUACCUGGCUAAAAGACAAGGAAUAUAAUAUCUAUUGUUUACAGGAUACUCAUUCAACAACUUUAGAUUAUGUUGCGUGGAAAAGGGACUGGGGGGGGGGGGGGGGGGGGGGGGGUAUACUUCUCCCAUGGGCAAAGAAACUCAAAAGGGGUGAUCAUAUUAAUUAACAACUAUUUUUAUCAGAAUGUGCAAAUUGUUCGAACAGAUCAAGGAAGAUGGAUUAUUUGAAAUAUGUUAUUGGACCAUAAACAGAUUUGUCUCAUUAAUCUAUACGGUCUAAAUAAUGAUGAUCCUAUAAGCAAUACAAGACUAUUAUUAUGGUACGAGAUUAUAAUACGGUUUUAAAUACCUCAAUGUACCGUAAAGGAAAUCACAUACAAACUAUCACCCUCAUGCACUUAAGGAAAUCACGAAUAUCAUGAAUAUAUUGGAACUAGUGGAUAUACAGUGCAUUCGGAAAUUAUUCAGACACCUUGACUUUUUCCACAUUUUGUUACGUUACAGCCUUAUUCUAAAACGUAUUUAAAAAUAUAUAUAUAUAUAUAUAUAUAUAUAUAUAUAUAAAUCUACACACAAUACCCCAUAAUGACAAAACGAAAACAGGUUUUUAGAAAUGUUAGCAAAUCAUUAAAAAUUAAAAACAGGAAGACUUUAUUUACAUAAUUAUUCAGACCCUUUGCUAUGAGACUCGAAAUUGAGCUCAUGUGUAUCCUGUUUCCAUUGAUCAUCCUUGAGAUGUUUCUACAACUUGAUUGGUCAUUCCUUUACUCUUCGUCAUCAUCAUCAAAACAUUUAUACAUUUUUGCUCCUAAUGAGAUGCACUGAGGCUGUAACGUUAGGCAACAGUACAUUUUGGGUGUAGCAAACAAAGCUAGCUAGCUCAACUUGGCUAGCUUAACUUGUAGUGGUCUCUGUUAUGGCCGAAUCAAUCACAAAAUUAUACUGUACUGAACAACACUGCCUCAUGUAAAAAGAGAGAUUUUUACAGAAAAAACAACAAUGUCAUUUGCCCUCCUAGGCUGCUGCCGCUAGUUGAUCUUGGAGGUUCUGAAGAACAUCUUCAGCACCCCUCUCAUCAAUCAAUCAAUCUUCAUGAAUCAUCAGAAGCAGCCAUUGUACUUAUUUAAUAAUCUUGGAUAGACAGUGCACGGUAACAUAGCUCCCGUGAACCUGUAGAAACUAGUCCUGCCCCGGUUUUGAAAAGCCCACCUUCGAGGGUAAGAACACCAUUGUACAAGGAAGAAGGGCUCCCGUCAGGCUGUAGUCUUUACAAAGCCAGGGAAAAUUUGUCAACCAAGAUAUCCUGCAAUGUCGUGGCAGAUAGGAACAUCGUUGAGACAAGUGCAAUGGCUCUAUUGAACAAGGACAACCAUAUCUACUCGCUGCUAGAGUGAUUGUGCAAUUGGUGAAACACUAAGGCCACAAUAAUUGCUACAAAACAUAAAUCCAUUCGUUUUUGGAUCAGACUGCAGGCUCAAUCAACCACUGACGUCAUUGGUUGAACUUUCUCUGCGCAAAAAAUUCAAAACUGCCGCUAUGAUGCAUAAUUAUGUCUGAAACACCUCUCAUCACUCAUAAUGAUGUAGGGAGACUGGAAAAACAGUGUCUCAGUGCUGUGUGUCCCUCUGUUCCUGCCAUGACAGGAUGCAGAGGAGAGCGGUCUUUUGGAUGAUCAGGAGAGCAGUGGUCAAUGUCGUCAGGACAGCACUGGACCGUGCGGUCAAGAUGGCGAUGUGGUGGUGGUGGACAGUGCAGGGCAGGUUGCAACAGACAAGGUUUACUUGGACCUCAUUCCUGUACGCUCGUUCCUCCACACAUCCUGUGGCAGAGGGUCCCCAAACAAAGAACCCCCCCGCCCUUCACCCACCCCCCCUGAGGAGCAGCAGGACCUCCCUAGUCAGGUAUGGAACCAAAUCAUUCAGGAUCUAAACCCAAGGCUAAUACAGGAUCCAUUGUAAUCAUGUCCCACGGGGGGCCAGUAUGGAAAAGUUGUAGCUUUUGUAGCUGGAAACGGCUGAUUUUUAAUGGAAUAUCUACAUAGGCGUACAGAGGCCCAUUAUCAGCAACCAUCAGUCCUGUGUUCCAAUGGCACGUUGUGUUUGCUAAUCCAAGUUUAUCAUUUUACAUUGAUAUUUUUGUCAUUUAGCAGACGCUCUUAUCCAGAGCGACUUACAGUUAGUGAGUGCAUACAUUUUUUCAUACUGGCCCCCCGUGGGAAUCGAACCCACAACCCUGGCAUUGCAAACGCCAUGCUCUACCAACUGAGCUAAUGUAAAAAAAAAAUGUAAACAAGCAAUAAAACUGGCCUUCUUGAGACUAGUCGAGUAUCUGGAGCAUCAGCAAUUGUGGGUUCGAUUACAGACUCAAAAUGGCCAGAAACAAAUAACUUAAUUCUGAAACUCGUCAGUCUGUUCUUGUUCUGAGAAAUGAAGGCUAUUCCAUGCGAGAAAUUGCCAAGAAACUGAAAAUCUCGUACAACGCUGUACAGCGCAAACUGGCUCUAACCAGAAUAGAAAGAGGAGUGGGAGGCCCCGGUGCACAACUGAGCAAGAGGACAAAUACAUUAGAGUGUCUAGUUUGAGAAACAGGUGCCUCACAGGUCCUCAACUGGCAGCUUCAUUAAAUAGUACCCGCAAAACACCAGUCUCAACGUCAACAGUGAAGAGGCGACUCCGGGAUGCUGACCUUCUAAGCAGAGUUGCAAAGAAAAAGCCAUAUCUUUUCUUUUUAUUGGCCAGUCUGAGAUAUGGCUUUUUCUUUACAUCUCUGCCUAGAAGGUCAGCAUCCCGUAGUCACCUCUUCACUGUUGACAGGACUGAUGGUUGCUGAUAAUGGGCCUCUGUACGCCUAUGUAGCUAUUCCAUUAAAAAUCAGCCAUUUCCAGCUACAAUAGCCAUUUACAACAUUAACAAUAUCUACACUGUAUUUCUGAUCAAUUUGAUGUUAUUUUAAUGAAUUUUUAUUUAUUUUUAUGAAAUUUGUAAGUGACCCUAAACUUUUGAACGGUAGUGUAUAUCUUAAGUAAAUUCAGUGAGUAUCAAUUCAUUAUAUGAAUUGAAUUAAGCUUAACCCUGAUUUUAUUACAAAGGUUUGAACAAUGUUAGAAUAAAACGAGAAAUGUUUGUACGUGUUGAUAAAAUAAUUCAUUAAAUGUAAUGUAUAUCUACGUUCCUAGGUUGAUUCGAGCAACCAGUCUGAAUCAGAGCUUCCACCAUCCCACAAUGGAGUGGAUCCCACUGCUCCCACCAACAGACCUGAGCAGGAGUGCCCCCUGUCUCCCAGCCCUCUACGGCCCCAUACCCUGACUCAGAAGACCUCCCUCCUCAGCCAAGACAUGCCGAGGAGGGCCAGUCCAGGCAUACAGCACCCCCAGGACCCCAGCACAACCACCCUUAACAUACAGCCCCCCAAAACCCCUCAGAGUCCUGCAGCUACCACUCUUGUAUUCAGCCUUCCCCCUCACAGUCCCCAACCUCUCAGACUUCGGAGUGCCAGCAGUGGAGACCAAAGGACCAAAGUCUUAUCCACAGGUGAGAAAUGAACCAAAGACAGAGGAAAUUGGAAAGCAAUGUAAUUGAACAGUCACUCUAAUCAAGUAGAAACUUUUUACACAGAGUGGAUGGAAACCGGCACACUAUAAAUGUAUCUAUUUGUUUAUCCUAAGGUGGAUCCCAUUACGAUCAAAGUGAAUUAAUGUUUAUUUUGUUAGUAUAGGCUAGGAUAGUCUAUACACACAGUUAAAAAAGUGAACGAUGUGCAAACUGACAGGCAAUAAACUUGAGACAGACGUGUUUGUUAGUAUACACUAUUCAUCCCAUGUGGAAUGUUUUACCUGAACUAUGCACCUAUGGGCUAUCUGUCAGUGUGCAAAAGUCAAUAUAAUUUCAGUCAAAUGUAGGUGAAAGCAAUAUGGAUAUUGUGAGGUCAAUUGGGUAUUCAGAUAUAUCAAAUUAUUGCAAAGCUAAACGAAUGAGGCGAGGAGGCAAAGACACUUAAAAUAAAGAAGAAAAGAAUGAUAGAGAAACACUCUAUUGAUUAUAUUGAAAUGUGAAGAUAGUAUUGAGAUGUGCCGGAGUCUGGUUGAGCAGUAACGCUCUCGACUCCCGCUAAUCUCCUUUAAAAAUAAAAAAGGAUGGUAUUGAGAUGUUUCCUCUUCUUCCUCUUGGUUCCUAGCCUGCCCCGGGGCCAUCGAGGUAAAGCUGGGGAAGAACAGAACGGAGGCGGACAUGCGGCUUUACACGGAAGAGCGUGACCGGCUGGAGAGGGAGAAGGAAGAGAUAAGAAGCGGCCUAGCCAACCUGAAGAAGGAGAGGAGGGAGACCAAGGAGGAACUCAGCACCUGCCAAGGUAGACCAUCAACCCCUUGUGUUGGAGCACAACACAUGGUUAGCCUUUACACAAGGGCUCUUUCUCAAUUCAUCUUUCCUCAAUUGCUUGCAUCCUUUCUCCUCACCUCCCACUGUGCACACAUUGGUUUUAAUCAACGUUGUUUCAACGUAAUUUGUUAACGUAUUGUGACGUGGAAUCAACGUGGAAAAUACAUUGGAAUUGAAAAAAGUAGUUGACCAGUACUGUUUUCAUCUCAUUUCAACCAGCAUUGUAAACAUUGAAAUUAGGGUAAAACUUCAACUAAAAUACAUUGACUAAACAUGACUAACAGGUUGUUACAUCAAUCUAAUUUCAAUAUAAUCAUCAAAACUACAGUGAGGGAAAAAAGUAUUUGAUCCCCUGCUGAUUUUGUACGGUUGCCCUCUGACAAAGACAUGAUCAGUCUAUAAUGUUAAUGGUAGAUUUAUUUGAACAGUGAGAGACAGAAUAACAACAAAAAAAUCCAGAAAAACGCAUGUCAAAAAUGUUAUAAAUUGAUUUCCAUUUUAAUGAGGGAAAUAAGUAUUUGACCCCUCUACAAAACAUGACUUAGUACUUGGUGGCAAAACCCUUGUUGGCAAUCACAGAGGUCAGACGUUUCUUGUAGUUGGCCACCAGGUUUCCACACAACUCAGGAGGGAUUUUGUUCCACUCCUCUUUGCAGAUCUUCUCCAAGUCAUUAAGGUUUUGAGGCUGACGUUUGGCAACUCGAACCUUCAGCUCACUCCACAGAUUUUCUAUGGGAUUAAGGUCUGGAGACUGGUGUUCUUAGGGUCAUAGGCAGCAUUCCUCCUCCUCCAAACACAGCGAGAUGAGUUGAUGCCAAAGAGCUCGAUUUUGGUCUCAUCUGACCACAACAAUUUCACCCAGUUCUCCACUGAAUCAUUCAGAUGUUCAUUGGCAAACUUCAGACGGCCCUGUAUAUGUGCUUUCUUGAGCAGGGGGACCUUGCGGGCGCUGCAGGAUUUCAGUCCUGCAGGGCGUAGUGUGUUACCAAUUGUUUUCUUGGUGACUAUGGUCCCAGCUGCCUUGAGAUCAUUGACAAGAUCCCCCCGUGUAGUUCUGGGCUGAUUCCUCACCGUUCUCAUGAUCAUUGCAACUCCACGAGGUGAGAUCUUGCAUGGAGCCCCAGGCCGAGGGAAAUUGACAGUUAUUUUGUGUUUCUUCCAUUUGCGAAUAAUCGCACCAACUGUUGUCACCUUUUCACCAAGCUGCUUGGCGAUGGUCUUGUAGCCCAUUUCAGCCUUGUGUAGGUCUACAAUCUUGUCCCUGACAUCCUUGGAGAGCUCUUUGGUCUUGGCCAUGGUGGAGAGUUUGGAAUCUGAUUGAUUGAUUGCUUCUGUGGACAGGUGUCUUUUAUACAGGUAACAAACUGAGAUUAGGAGCACUCCCUUUAAGAGUGUGCUCCAAAUCUCAGCUCGUUACCUGUAUAAAAGACACCUGGGAGCCAGAAAUCUUUCUGAUUGAGAGGGGGUCAAAUACUUAUUUCCCUCAUUAAAAUGCAAAUCAAUUUAUAACAUUUUUGACAUUUUCUGGAUUUUUUUGUUGUUAUUCUGUCUCUCACUGUUCAAAUAAAUCUACGAUUAAAAUUAUAGACUGAUCAUUUCUUUGUCAGUGGCCAAACGUACAAAAUCAGCAGGGGAUCAAAUAGUUUUUUCCCUCACUGUAUGUAUACGUUGAAAUUCCGUUAAAAAUAUUUUUCAAUGGUAUGUUUGAAUCAACAUCAUAAAUCAAGAGGUAUAUUGUAAUGAAAUGUGAAGCCACAGUCCAACAGUGUCUCCUACUGGUAAAUGAGGAGUAAUGCACUUCAGUGAGAACAAGUCUACCAUCCAGAUGCCUACCUCUAUGUACCCAGCUUAGUAUUGGAAACAAGCUGUGUUCGAUUCAGCUGAGCUAUCAUGUCAACAUGUUUAGAUACUGAUCAGCUGCCAUACUCAUUUGCGUAGACUAACUAAUAACGUUGAAUAGUUGAAAGUAACUCCUCAAACUUUUUUGAAAUACAAUUUGGAGUGAGGUUGGGUUUAUGUAGGCUACAUUGGCAUCUGAUUUGCCAAAGGACACCAUCAUUUCAAGGUGAAGCUAGGUAUACUAUUAUUCGUUCAUGGUUGAUUGGAUCAUUAGAAGUUUAGAAGUAGUUACCAUUAGCCCUAUAAAUAGCAAAAUUCAUAAUACACAGAACAUAAAUAUGAACGCAACAUGUAAAGUGUUGGUACCAUGUUUCAAGAGCUGAAAUGAAAGAUCCCAUAAAUGUUCCAUACGAACAAAAAGCUUAUUUAUCUUAAAUUUUGUGCACAAAUUUGUUUAUGUCCCAGUUCGUGAGCAUUUCAUGUUUUCAAAGAUAAUCCAUCCACCUGACAGGUAUGGCAUAUCAAGAAGCUGAUUAAACAGCAUGCUCAUUACACAGGUGCACCUUGUCCUGGGGACAAUAAAAGGCCACUCUGAAAUGUGCAGGUUUGUCACACAACACAAUGCUACAGAUGUCUCAAGUUUUUAGGGAGCAUGCAAUUGGCAUGCUGACUGCAGGAAUGUCCACCAGAGCUGUUGCAAGAUCAUUUAAUGUUCAUUUUUCUAUCAUAAGCUGCCUCCAACAUCAUUUUAGAGAAUUUUGCAGUAUGUCCAACCGGCCUCACAACAACAGACCACGUGUAACCACGCCAGCCUAGGACCUCCACAUCCGACCUGUUCACCUGCGGGAUCGUCUGAGACCAGCCACCCGGACAGCUGAUGAAACUGAGGAGUAUUUCUGUCUCUAAUUAAUCUCUUUUGUGGGGAAAAACUCAUUCUGAUUGGCUGGGCCUGGCUUCCCAGUGUGUGGGCCUGGCUCCCAAAUGGGUGCAAAUGGGUGGGUCUAUGCCCCACCCAAAAGUAUGUGGACACCGAAAGUAUGUGGACACCUGUUCGUCGAACAUCUCGUUAAAAAAUCAUGGGCAUUAAUAUGAAGUUGGUCCCCUCUUUGCCGCCAUAACAGCCUCCACUCUUCUGGGAAGUCUGGGAAGGCUUUCCACUAGAUGUUGGAACAUGUAAUGUAUGCACGCAUGACUGUAAGUCGCUUUGGAUAAAAGCGUCUGCUAAAUGGCAUAUUAUAUUAUAUUAAACAUUGCUGCCGGGACUUGCUUCCAUUCAGCCACACUGCAUUAGUGAGGUCGGGCACUGAUAAUAGGCGAUUAGGCCUGGCUCGCAGUCGGUGUUCCAAUUCAUCCCAAAGGUGUUUGAUGGGGUUGAGGUCAGGGCUCUGCGCAGGCCAGUCAAGUUCUUCCACACCGAUCUUGACAAACCAUUUCUUAAUGGAUCUCGCUUUGUGCACAGGGGCAUUGUCAUGCUGAAACAAGAAAGGGCCUUCCCCAAACUGUUGCCACAAAGUUGGAAGCACAGAAUCGUCUAGAAUGUCAUUGUAUGCUGUAGCGUUAACAUUUCCCUUCACUAGUAUGUAGGCUCUGUAGCUCAAUUGGUAGAGCAUGGCGCUUGUAACGCCAGGGUAGUGGGUUUGAUCCCCGGGACCACCCAUACAUAAAAAUGUAUGCACACAUGACUGUAAGUCGCUUUGGAUAAAAGUGUCUGCUAAAUGGCAUAUUAUUAUUAUUAUAUUAUUAUUAUUAUACUAGAACUAAGGGGCCUAGCCUGAACCAUGAAAAACAGCCCCAGACCAUUAUUCUUCCUCCACCAAACUUUACAGUUGGUACUAUGCAUUCUGGCAGGUAGCGUUCUCCUGGCUUCCUCCAAACCCAGAUUCGUACUCAGACUGCCAGAUGGUGAAGCGUGAUUCAUCACUCCAGAGAAUUAGCUUUACACCACUCGAACCAACACUUGGCAUUGCGCAUGGCUACUAGGCUUGUGUGCGGCUGCUCUGCCAUGGAAACCUAUUUAAUGAGGCUCCCGACAAACAGUUAUUGUGCUAACGUUGCUUCCAGAGGCAGUUUGGAACUCCAUAGUGAGUGUUGCAACUGAGGACAGAUUAUUUUUACGCACUACGCACUUCAGCACUCGGCGGUCCCGUUCUCUGAGCUUGUGGGGCCUACCAUUUCGUGGCUGAGACAUUGUUGCUCCUAUAUGUUUCCACUUCACAAUAACAGCACUUACAGUUGAACGGGAAAGCUGUAGCAAGGCAGAAAUUUGACGAAUUGACUUGUUGGAAAGGUGGCAUCCUAUGACGGUGCCACGUUGAAAGUCACUGAGCUCUUCAGUAAGGCCAUUCUACUGCCAAUGUUUGUCUAUGGAGAUUGCAUGGCGGUGUGCUCGAUUUUAUACACCUGUCAGCAACGGCUGUGGCUGAAAUAGCCGAAUCCACAAAUUUGAAGGGGUGUCCACAUACUUUUGUAUAUAUAGUGCAUUCAGAAAGUAUUCAGACCGCUCAACUUUUUCCACAUUUUGUUACAUAACAGCCUUAUUUUAAAUUGAUUAAAUUGUUUUUUCCCCUCAUCAAUAUACACACAAUACCCCAUAAUGACAAAGUAAAAAAAAAAAGUGGUUGUUGCAAAUGUAUUAAAAAUAAAAAACAUAAAUAUUCAGACUCUUUACUCAGUACUUUGUUGAAGCACAUUUGACAGCGAUCUGUGUACAUCCAAGGGCCUGCCGUGCUGCCCUGUUCUGAGCCAAUUGCAAUUUUCCAGCUUUGGGGCACCUGACCACACGACUGAACAGUACUCCAGGUGUGACAAAACUAGGGCCUGUAGGCUGUUGAUAGUGUUGUUAAGAAGGCAGAGCAGCGCUUUAUGGACAAACUUCUCCCCAUCUUAGCUACUGUUGUAUCAACAUGUUUUGACCAUGACUGUUUACAAUCCAGGGUUACUCCAAGCAGUUUAGUUACCUCAACUUGCUCAAUUUCCACAUUAUUCAUUACAAGUUUUAGUUGAGGUUUAGGGUUUAGUGAAUGAUUUGUCCCAAAUACAAUGCUUUUAGUUUUUGAAACUAACUUAUUCCUUGCCACCCAUUCUGAAACUAACUGCAGCUCUUUGUUAAGUGUUGCAGUCAUUUCAGACGCUGUAGUAGCUGACGUGUAUAGUGUUGAGUCAUCCGCAUAAAUAGGCACACUGGCUUUACUUCUGUCAUCAUGAAGUGCUUUGAGAGGCUAGUUAAGGAUCAUAUCACUUCUACCUUACCUGACACCCUAGACCCACUUCAAUUUGCUUACCGCCCCAAUGCAUCCACAGACGAUGCAAUUGGUAUCGCACUGCACACUGCCCUAUCCCAUCUGGACAAGAGGAAUAAUGCUGUUCAUUGACUAUAGCUCAGCAUUCAACACCAUAGUACCCUCCAAGCUCAUCAUUAAGCUCGGGGCCCUGAGUCUGAACCCCGCCCUGUUUAAUUGGUCCUGGACUUCCUGACGGGCUGCCCCCAGGUGGUGAAGGUAGGAAACAACACCUCCACUUUGCAGAUCCUCAACACAGGGGCCCCACAAGGGUGCGUGCUCAGCCCCCUCCUGUACUCCCUGUUCACCCAUGACUGCGUGGCCACACACGCCUCCAACUCAAUCAUCAAGUUUGCAGACGACACAACCGUAGUAGGCCUGAUUACCAACAAUGACGAGACAGCCUACAGAGAGGAGGUGAAGGCCCUGGGAGUGUGGUGCCAGGAAAAUAACCUCUCCCUCAAUGUCAACAAAUCAAAGGAGCUGAUCGUGGACUUCAGGAGACAGCAGAGGGAACACGACCCUAUCCAUAUCGUUGGGACCGCUGUGGGGCAGGUGGAAAGCUUCAAGUUCCUCUGCGUACACAUCACUGACGAUCUGGAAUGGUCCACCCACACAGACAGUGUGGUGAAGAAGGCGCAACAUCACAUCUUCAACCUCAGGAGGCUGGAGAAAUUUGGCUUGGCACCUAAAACCCUCACAAACUUUUAUAGAUGCACAAUUGAAAGCAUCCUGUCGGGCUGUAUCACCGCCUGGUAUGGCAACUGCACCGCCCGCAACCGCAGGGCUCUCCCGAGGGUGGUGCGGUCUGCCCAAUGCAUCACCGUGGGCAAACUACCUGCCCUCCAGGACACCUACAGCACCCAAUGUCACAGGAAGGCCAAAAAGAUCAUCAAGGACAACAACCACCCGAGCCACUGCGUGUUCACCCCGCUAUCAUCCAGAAGGCGAGGUCAGUACAGGUGCAUCAAAGCUGGGACCGAGAGACUGAAAUACAGCUUCUAUCUCAAGGCCAUCAGACUGUUAAAUAGCCAUCAAUAGGCGGCUUCCACCCAGUUACGUAACCUUGCACCUUAGAGGCUGCUGCUCAUAUACAUAGACUUGAAAUCACUUGCCACUUUAAUAAUGGAACACUAGUCACUCUAAUAAUGUUUACAUAUUUUUGCUUUACUCAUCUCAUAUGUAUAUACUGUAUUCUAUUCUACUUUAUUUUAGUCUAUGCCACUCCGACAUUGCUCAUCCUAAUAUUUACAAUAUUUAUAUAUUCCUUAAUUACAUUCUUGGACUUUUAGGUUGUGUGUAGUGUUGUGAAUUGUAAGAUAUACUGCACUGUUGGAGCUAGAAACACAAGCAUUUUGCUACACCCCCAAUAACAUCUGCUAAACAUGUGUAUGUGACAAAUACAAUUUGAUUAGAAGUCAUUAGUAAAGAUUGAAAAAAUUAAGGGGCCUAGACAGCUGCCCUGGGGAAUUCCUGAUUCUACCAGGAUUAUGUUGGAGAGGCUUCCAUUAAAGAAGACCCUCUGUGUUCUGUUAAACAGGUAACUCUUUAUCCACAAUAUAGCAGGGAGUGUAAAGCCAUAACACAUACGUUUUGGGUGGUGGACCAUUCGUGAUACACACGGGAAACUGUUGAGCGUGAAAAACCCAGCAGCGUUGCAGUUCUUGACACAAACCUGUCCGCCUGGCACCUACUACCAUACCCAUUCAAAGGCACUUAAAUUUUUUGUCUUGACAAUUUACCCUCUGAAUGGCACACAUAAACAAUCCAUGUCUCAAUUGUCACAAGGUAUAAAAAUCCUUCUUUAACCUGUCUCUUCCCCUUCAUCUUCACUGAUUGAAGUGGAUUUAACAAUUGACAUCAAUAAGGGAUCAUAAUUUUCACCUGGAUUCACCUGAUCAGUCUGUCAUGGAAAGAGCAGGUGUUCUUAAUGGUUUGUAUACUCAGUUGAAUAUCCUAUUGAAUAUAGGAUGCAAAAUAUUUUUUACAUUUCUAUGUGGAAUUUUCAAUACAAUUUCAACGUAUACAUAGUUCUGAUGAUUAUGUUGAAAUUAGAUUGAUUUAACAACCUGUUAGUCAAGUUAAGUCAAUGUAUUUAAGUUGAAGUUUUACCCUAAUUUCAAUGUUUACAACCCUGGCUGAAAUGAGAUGAAAACAGUAUUGGUGGACGACUUUUUAAAAAAUCCAAGUGAUUCCACGUCACAAUAUGUUGACAAAUUCUGUUGAAACAACGUUGAUUCAACCAGUGUGUGCCCAGUGGGCUCCUCAAAACCCAUUGGAGAAGAAGGCCUGAGGGGAGGGACCUUGGACCUUCUCUUCCAAUACGGUUGAGAAGGCAAGGAGAUGAAUUGAGCCAAUUAAAUUCCUAAAUGCAUAGGGCGCGAUUUAGGCCUAGAUUCAGGCCUAGAUUAAAUCAAAACGAGCUUUAAACCCGUGUUGGACGUGUAGUGUUGGAGGUGUAACUAAGGUAUGAGCUGACAUAUCAGUGAGCGGCUGCUAUCGAGUGUCACAAACCACUCCCUUUCUUAGUAUCUCUAAUGCGUUAUUAGUUAAAAACGGUGGUAGACAGUGUAGACUCUGUCGAUGAUAGAAUGACUCAAAUGUAAUAAAUAAAUAAUAUAAAUAUAAAUAAUACUCAUCUCGAGGGGUGAAUCGGUGCCUCUUUUUUCCCCCCGAUUCCUUCUCCUUUCCUUUCUGUUUUCUGUUCGCUUUUUCUACAUGUGCAGUGGAUAUGAAAUUAGCAUCAUGUUGUACUUUAUGCAUGCAAUUCAUUCCUAGGAAAUAGGCUACACUUUUUUAUUAACUAAAACUAGUGUUUUCCAUUGUUGGUGACAUUGAGAAACACACUUGCAACUGUCCUCUAUUUAUACAUUGACCAUGGCAGAUGGCCAACUGAUUUCACGUGUGGAGGCUAAUAUAGGUAUAAGUUAUUAAUCACUUGAACAUAAAUUUAGAAUUAAUAAAUUAAGAUAUUAUCCCGCAAAUUAUUAUGGCCAAAGUGCAAUCACAAGGACGGCAAUGGGCAUGCCAUCAAUUGAUAAAUCAUAGGCUAUUAGUGAGUAGUCUAAAUUUCGUAGUGAAUUUUUAAUGUAAGCAUGUUUUCAUGUUAAUUUUGAUGGGGGAAUUCAUAGCCUAUCAGUCUAAUCGAGGUGUAGACAAUGGGUGUGUUCGAGUAGUAAGGCUAACGAAGCCGACUGUAUAUGAACGUCAAUGAGUGAAUUUUGGGAGGUGCAUCUGUGACAGCCGAAAGACGGACACUGUAUUGGUUUUCCAACAGAAUGGCUCAGAUCAACAUGGCAGUGUCAACAUAGCAGCUAUUGUUUAUAGAAGUUUUUCUUUAUAAUUGUCUAUACCUCCAUAUCACACUCUCACAAACUGAAAUAUAAUGUGUGUACAAUAAAUAGCUUAGAGAGAGGACUCAAUUAUCUCUUUAAUUUGUAUCCCCUGUAGCUUUAGAAUCGCGGCAAAAUUGGUUCCUGUUUCAGUCACGUCUUUGGUCAUGUUAGCACAGGUCAACCAAAAACACCCUAAUGAUUACUUGACAUAUAGUAUCUCCUCACUAGCCAGGCGAUGGCUGCAUGGUGCAGUUGGUGAGAAGCAAGUACAGUGACUUGAAGGCGACUUCGUCAAAAACUGCAUGAUCUUUGAUCACAUUGUAAAGUUCAUGCAGUCGACAUGUAGGCACAAAUGUAACACACUUUGAAAGGCAGUGACCAACGAUGGUCACCGACUUGACAAAUGGAUCCGCUCGAAAGCGCCCAAUAGAACAUCACCCAUUCGAGUGUUUGAACUUGUAACGCAGCUGCAACGUCUAACGUGGCUGCAUGGGAUUUGUCGGAUGAUAAAGUCGAGUGUGGAUUCGUUGCAUCCAAUGGCAAUGUCUGCAAUAGGUAUAACGCCGGGAGCCGCUUGUGGAUUUGACAGCUCUAACGCAGUUCCACCUCCGACACCCCCAAAACAACCACUAUGCAGAAUGUCAGCUAAAGCGGAUCUGAUUGAAUCGAGCAUUUACUUAGUGUCUAUGCUGUUUUUUAAGACAUUAAAGUAUAAAAGACAACUUCAUGUGUAAUCUUUGUUUUUGUGUAUUUUAUCCCCUACUAAAAAGGUACACAUUGGGCAAAUUCUGAAUUAUUCUAGCCUUUAGUAUGAAACAGUUAACAUGGUUUAACAUGAUGCUUGUUUCAUGACUUUCCCUCUGCAUAUGCCAUAUGUAGCUGUAAAGUAAACAAGCAUGUCACUUAAGAACAUUCUCAAUCACUGAGAUCAUGAUUGGCAUCCACAUGUCAUUAUGAUUGUAAUUACGUCAGGUUUGACGUUCUGAUUGACACAUGUCCAUGUUACUCAGACCCAGUGCAGCAGGCUUCGCUGGAUGCAUGUCUGAAGCAGAAGGAGGAGGCGUGCCGGGAGGCGGAGCAGUGGCGGGUGGAGGUGGAGCUACGAUUGAUGGAGGUGAAGGAGAGUCUGAGGAAAGCAGAGGCGGGGCCUUUCAUUCUGGGCACCACAUUGGACAGCAGCCUCCUGGACACACCCACGGUGUGUAGGUUAACACUGUUUAUAGGAAAUUUGCCCCUGGAUGCUGAUCUUGGGUCAUUUUUGUAUUUUUCUCCACUUAUGGUUAAGGCCAGGCUAAUAGGGAUUUAUUUGUCCAUUUACUCUUAUCAGACUGAAACUUUACCAGUUUAAAGUAUGCAUAAAUACAAUAUAUUUUUGUAUUACAAGUUCUAUUUAUUUUUUUAUGUAAAUAUGCAAAUUAGGCAUACCUUAAAUAUGUGCUUAUUUGCAUAUUACGAGAAUCGGUUUUUCAACACAUUGCUUCAAGGCAGAAUGUUUUUGUUUUAUUGCGAUAACAUUUUACAUUUACAUUUUAGUCAUUUAGCAGACGCUCUUAACCAGAGCGACUUACAGGAGCAAUUAGGGUUAAGUGCCUUGCUCAAGGGCACAUUAACGUCAUUUAGCAGACGCUCUUAGCCAGAGCGACUCACAAAUUGGUGCGUUCACCCUAUAGCCAGUGGGAUAACCACUUUACAAUUUGGGGGGGGGGGGUUAGAAGGAAUACUUUAGCCUAUCCCAGGUAUUCCUUAAAGAGGUGGGGUUUCAAAUGUCUCCGGAAGGUGGUGAGUGACUCCGCUGUCCUGGCGUCGUGAGGGAGCUUGUUCCACCAUUGGGGUGCCAGGGCAGCGAACAGUUUUGACUGGGCUGAGCGGGAGCUGUGCUUCCGCAGAGGAAGGGGAGCCAGCAGGCCAGAGGUGGAUGAACGCAAUGUCCUCGUUUGGGUGUAGGGACUGAUCAGAGCCUGAAGGUACAGGGGUGCCGUUCCCCUCACUGCUCCAAAGGCAAGCACCAUGGUCUUGUAGCGGAUGCGAGCUUCAAUUGGAAGCCAGUGGAGUGUGCGGAGGAGGGGGGUGACGUGAGAGAACUUGGGAAGGUUGAACACCAGACGGGCUGCGGCAUUCUGGAUGAGUUGUAGGGGUUUAAUGGCACAGGCAGGGAGCCCAGCCAACAGCGAGUUGCAGUAGUCCAGACGGGAGAUGACAAGUGCCUGGACCAGGACCUGCGCCGCUUCCUGUGUAAGGCAGGGUCGCACUCUCCGAAUGUUGUAGAGCAUGAACCUGCAGGAGCGGGUCACCGCCUUGAUGUUGGCGGAGAACGACAGGGUGUUGUCCAGGGUCACGCCUAGGCUCUUCGCACUCUGGGAGGAGGACACAGCGGAGUUGUCUACCGUGAUGGCGAGAUCAUGGAACGGGCAGUCCUUCCCCGGGAGGAAGAGCAGCUCCGUCUUGCCAGGGUUCAGCUUGAGGUGGUGAUCCGUCAUCCAUACUGAUAUGUCUGCCAGACAUGCAGAGAUGCGAUUCGCCACCUGGUUAUCAGAAGGGGGAAAGGAGAAGAUUAGUUGUGUAUCGUCAGCGUAGCAAUGAUAGGAAAGGCCAUGUGAGGAUAUGACAGAGCCAAGUGACUUGGUGUAUAGGGAGAAAAGGAGAGGGCCCAAAACCGAUCCCUGGGGGACACCAGUGGUGAGAGCACGUGGUGCGGAGACAGCUUCCCGCCACGCCACUUGGUAGGAGCGACCGGUCAGGUAGGACGCAAUCCAGGAGUGAGCCGCGCCGGAGAUGCCCAUUUCGGAGAGGGUGGAGAGGAGGAUCUGAUGGUUCACAGUAUCAAAGGCAGCAGACAGGUCUAGAAGGACAAGAGCAGAGGAGAGAGAGUUAGCUUUAGCAGUGCGGAGAGUCUCUGUGACACAGAGAAGAGCAGUCUCAGUUGAAUGACCAGUCCUGAAACCUGAUUGGUUUGGAUCAAGAAGGUCAUUCUGAGAGAGAUAGCAAGAGAGUUGGCUAAAGACGGCACGCUCAAUAGUUUUGGAAAGAAAAGAAAGAAGGGAUACUGGUCUGUAGUUGUUGACAUCAGUGGGGUCGAGUGUUGGUUUUUUGAGAAGGGGAGUAACUCUCGCUCUCUUGAAGACGGAAGGGACAUGGCCAGCGGUCAAGGAUGAGUUGAUCAGCGAGGUGAGGUAGGGGAGAAGGUCACCGGAGAUGGUCUGGAGAAGGGAGGAGGGGAUGGGGUCAAGCGGGCAGGUUGUUGGGCGGCCUGCAGUCACAAGUCGCAGGAUCUUAUCUGGAGAGAGAGGGGAGAAAGAAGUCAAAGCAUAGGGUAGGGCAGUGUGAGCAGGACCAGCAGUGUCAUUAGACUUAACAAACAAGGAUCGGAUGUCGUCAACCUUCUUUUCAAAGUGGUUGACGAAGUCAUCCACAGAGAGAGAGGAGGGGGGGGGGGGGGGGGGGGGGAGGGAGGAUUCAGGAGGGAGGAAAAUGUGGCAAAGAGCUUCCUAGGGUUAGAGGCAGAUGCUUGGAAUUUAGAGUGGUAGAAGGUGGCCUUAGCAGCAGAAACAGAUGAAGAAAAUGUAGAGAGGAGGGAGUGAAAAGAUGCCAGGUCGGCAGGGAAUUUAGUUUUCUUCCAUUUCCGCUCCGCUGCCCGGAGCUCUGUUCUGUGAGCUCGCAAUGAGUCAUCAAGCCACGGAGCUGGAGGGGAGGACCGAGCCGGCCGGGAGGAUAGGGGACACAGAGAGUCAAAGGAUGCAGAAAGGGAGGAGAGGAGGGUUGAGGAGGCAGAAUCAGGAGAUUGGAGGGAGAAGGAUUGAGCAGAGGGAAGAGAUGAUAGGAUGGAAGAGGAGAGAGUAGUGGGAGAGAGAGAGCGAAGGUUGCGGCGGCGCAUUACCAUCUGUGUAGGGGCAGAGUGAGUAGUGUGGGAGGAGAGUGAGAGAGAAAAGGAAACAAAGUAGUGGUCGGAGACUUGGAGGGGAGUUGCAGUGAGAUUAGUAGAGGAGCAGCAUCUAGUGAAGAUGAGGUCAAGCGUAUUGCCUGCCUUGUGAGUAGGGGGGGACGGUGAGAGGGUGAGGUCAAAAGAGGAGAGGAGUGGAAAGAAGGAGGCAGAGAGAAAUGAGUCAAAUGUGGACAUAGGGAGGUUGAAAUCCCCCAAAACUGUGAGGGGUGAGCCAUCCUCAGGGAAGGAACUUAUCAAGGCGUCAAGCUCAUUGAUGAACUCUCCAAGGGAACCUGGAGGGCGAUAGAUGACAAGGAUAUUAAGCUUAAAUGGGCUAGUGACUGUGACAGCAUGGAAUUCAAAUGAGGAAAUAGACAGAUGGGUUAGGGGAAAAAUUGAGAAUGUCCACUUGGGAGAGAUGAGGAUUCCUGUACCACCACCCCUCUGACCAGAUGCUCUCGGGGUAUGCGAGAACACAUGGUCAGACGAGGAGAGAGCAGUAGGAGUAGCGGUGUUUUCAGUGGUGAUCCAUGUUUCCGUCAGCGCCAGGAAGUCGAGGGACUGGAGGUUGGCAUAGGCUGGGAUGAAGUCAGCUUUGUUGGCAGCAGAACGGCAGUUCCAGAGGCUGCCUGCGACCUGGAACUCCACGUGGGUGGUGCGUGCAGGGACCACCAGAUUGGAGAGGCAGCAGCCACGCGGUGUGGUGCGUUUGUGUAGCCUGUGCAGAGAGGAGAGAACAGGGAUAGGCAGAGGCAUAGUUGACAGGCUGUAGCAAAUGGCUACAAAAAUGCAGAGGAGAUCGGAAUGAAAUGGGCUAAGCAUCUGGGAGUGGAGAGAGCAGGGCCUCCCUCACCAAAACUUCUACCUCGGAAACUAAAAUUGUUUCACUGAACCACCCGAAGAAAAAACUCUCCCAACUUCCGCCUUUGGAAAUCAGAAUUGUUGUGAACCACAGCGGUUCAAUGUUUAAAGGAGUAGACUCAACCCACUUUGUUCAGCUAGCCAACUAUGACUCCAUAGCCAACUAGCAGACUAGCAUCCAAUAACAAUAACACACCGUUUAGCGCCAACACUUGGUCACAACAAACCACCAAUAUUGUGAUAACACACUAAACAGAUCAUUCGUGUCUGUGUCAAGUUCCUUACAUGACGCAGCAAUGAUUAGACGUUGGCUAGCUAGGACAAGUAAAUUGUGGUUAGCUACUUCAGUACAGCCAAAUGGUCAUGUUGGGUAGCUAGCAAUGGCCACUGUGUCGACUCUGUUUGAAGAACGGCUAGCUAGCUAGCUUCGUGCUACAGCUGGCACGGCCGAGGACACUGCCAAGACACAGUAACUACCCACAACAACCCACGAAGCCUAGCUAUGACGCCGUAGCCAACCUGCAAGCUAGCAUCCAUUAACACACAACUAGCAUCAACACCUGGCCACAACAAACUGCCAAGAGUGUGUCAGCACACCAAACAGACAAUUCAAGUCCGUGUCGAGUUCCCUUCACAACGCAGCAAAAAAAAAUAAAUAAUAAUAAUAAUAAUAAUAAUAAUUAAACGUUGGAACCAGCUCUCCAGCGUUGCUAAUCGUUACCAAUAGCUACCCGCUAGCUAGCUAGCUUCGUGCCUCAAUUCUAACCCACAAUUACCCACGGAAAGCUACAAUAACAACAAUACUAACCUACAAUAAAUACAAUACCUAACUACAGCUAACUACCUACCUACGAUCUAGUACAUGGUUAAGCAAAAGUUAAACGUUGGGUAGGACUACAUUACCGUUGGAACCAGCUCUCCAGCGUUGCUAAUCGUUACCAAUAGCUACCCGCUAGCUAGCUAGCUUCGUGCCUCAAUUCUAACCCACAAUUACCCACGGAAAGCUACAAUAACAACAAUACUAACCUACAAUAAAUACAAUACCUAACUACAGCUAACUACCUACCUACGAUCUAGUACAUGGUUAAGCAAAAGUUAAACGUUGGGUAGGACUACAUUACCGUUGGAACCAGCUCUCCAGCGUUGCUAAUCGUUACCAAUAGCUACCCGCUAGCUAGCUAGCUUCGUGCCUCAAUUCUAACCCACAAUUACCCACGGAAAGCUACAAUAACAACAAUACUAACCUACAAUAAAUACAAUACCUAACUACAGCUAACUACCUACCUACGAUCUAAUACAUGGUUAAGCUUUACUCAACACUACAUGUAGCUUACCCCUACUUACCUCCAGCCAGAGAAAAACACGUCCUCUCCCGUCAGCACUCAAGACACUCAAUGGUAAGACUUUCACAGAACAGUUUCUCAAAAUAUUGUAAUUUCAUGGAAUUAUUUAAAAACACUAUUCACAUGUAUGACAGAUGCAUAUUUUGCAUAUAUUUACAGAUAAAAUGACACUUAAAAUCUAAACUACACAAGAUAUAAAAAAAAAAACUCUGUAUAAGUCUGACUAUAAGACCUACGAACCUGUGUGUGGAAUAAUGUGAAUGUACGUCCUUUGACGACUUAGAAAAAUUUAUUGGCGCACGGGAAAGGUCAUUCUGACAAAAUGGCCGAUAAAGAUAGGCUAAUGCAAUUAGAAUGUACUUUCCAUAAAUAUGACCAUUAAUGUCACAUUAAUUAAUCUCUUCUUCAUAUAUCACUUUUAAACUGACAAAUAAACAUCAAAUAUACCUUUUACAAAUACAUUAGCAAAUUUAAUACAUUUGUUUCAAGCAAUAGAGUAUAUGCUUUGAAUACUGGACUGUUGGGCAAAUCUGCAGUUUUGGACAAAUUCUCAUAUCACUUUGCUCGAUUUGUCACAUGCAAGGCUUUUGUAUGGCUGGUGAAAUGUGCAGAACAUGAAUCAGCUAUGCCUGCCCCAUAUGUAAGGCCCUCUUUGAGUUGUGGUGCCGCUUUUCUUUCUUGACUGUGUCAUGGGACCUGCGCCUACGAUUGGCACACUCCAUUGAAGCAGCAUCAGCUUUCACAACACGCCUCACAUCCUCCUCUCUGAUUGCUUCCAGUGUCACCAAAGUGCUGUCAAGCCACAAUUUGUCCAUCACAUUUGAUAUAGCAGUGGCUCCCUCAUUGAACGUGGCUACUGCCAUACUAGCUGCUGCGUCAAUGCGGCUUUUGCCCACAAAGACAGUUUUGGGGCAUCGCGACCAUAUUACAGAGUUCAGACAUUAAUUUGCAUUAUGGGUUCCUCCGUGCUGCAUUCUUUUAAGGAGGUUAUCAUUUGACAUCCUAUGAUAUACAGGUACCAUUUUCUGUGCAACCUCUCUAUUCAAAAAUGGAUGGCCUCCAUGCUUUUUGUGACUGGGUGGAUCUUCACCAUUUUCUAGGGCUCGCUGGUACCAGCACCAAGAUGACGAGCAUCUACCGUGAUUAGGGAUUUUGUCUGUUGACAUGGAAUGGACAAGACCAGCCCACAUAGCAUUUCUCAUGCCCUCUACAUCACCCUGGUUAUCAAUAAUUACACCCCUGUAAUAGUUUUGCAGACUCUUACAUUUUUGUGCAGUGAGUUUCCAUACACCUCUCCCCCCAAGGUGUUUCUCUGAACUAAGUUUACGAAGCACUGUUCCCAUCCUCUUGUGGGCAUGAUUGAUGCAUUCUAGUUUCCCUAUCUCAAUGCCUGGGUAGGGAUCUAAUUUGACAACUGCCUUGUAUGCAGUACUGUCACCAUCUGACAGCAUCGUAUUAUGCUCUUCUAAUUAGCUUUGCAGCACUCUCCAUUGACUGUAGCCCUCUCUGAAUCUCUGCAACUAAAGUGGGGGGGGGGAAGUUACUUAUUAUGAUGUCUGUCAACAUUACAGUCAUAACUGCAGGACUAAAUAUCAGCAUGUUACCCUACGUAAAUAUUAGCAUAUCAGCAUGUAUUUACUUUAUGUAAAGCUAAUUUCUCAGUAAUCACAGUAGGCUACAGCCCUAUGACACUGCAGGCCUAUGUGACAGUCUGAUUGUAUAGUUAUGUUUUCCAAUCACUCUGUUUAUUCACUUUGAAUAAAUUUGCUGGAGCAAGGAACUAUAUAUUAUUUAUACACAGCAAUUCACCUGACAAUAAUGGGCUACUCUCCCUUUUUAUUUACCUGUCACUCUCCUGUCAUGUCUCUGAUAUGAGCUGAGACACAAGGAAGGAAUCCCUAGGGCUUUGCUUAUUUUCUUUAGAGCUGCAUAACCAAGUCCAAGUUCGUGGGCUAGAAGAACCAUCCUCCCAUUUUUAUCAAAUCCCACAUCUCCCCUGGAGCACUCCUGCAGCCUGGAGGAAGUGUAAACACUCCUCCUAAAUGCAUCAUGAUCACCUUCACAGUGUGCACAUUCUAUCAUGACAGAAUUACAGAAUCCCUGGUUGGUGGGGUCUAUGUUAAUUUUCAGUCCAGUGUUUAGACAUUUAGGGCAAAUCAAAUCAUGUACAAGUUGGUUUAUUUGUUGGCUGGCUGCUGUCUGGUUGAUCGCUGCUAGCUGUCAUCUUCAUCUCAACUCAUUUGCAUCUCGACGCGCUGCUGCCGGCUCCCUCCUUUUCCUCCUCUAACUGUACUGCAACUGCCUCGAUCGGCUGAUCAGGCUAAUUUUUUCUUUCAUUCACUGCUUUUCUCGCAUUGGCUAACUGAGAUCGCCUAUUUUUACUCACAUACUGUAGGUAUAUUCUUCGAGAUGUGCUCAUUUUGUCUCUCUUCACGGGGAUUCUACAUGGGAGAUAUUUUCAAACAAGGAAGUGCUGCGCGGCACGUGAGGCAUUGUAACCAAUCAGGUUGCCCGAAAGGGCCUUUAAAUUCCAGUAACCAAUCGGAUUUCAGGAAAUUACUAAUCUUUCAGCACAAAGCACUACGUCUACAAAGGAUGUAGCCAUGCAUGGACUAGCUAACGAUAUGCUCCGGAAAACAAGCUUUUCAAUUAUAUUUGAUUCAACAUGGAGAGUUUGAGACAUGGAUUGUGUGUGUGUGUGUGUGCAAUUUGCAAGAUAACUUUUCUUUCAUUUUGAUUUCGCACAAAUGAAAAUGUGGCACUGACUCGCCCAUGGAUUUAUGUUUCAGCAUUGUCUCAAUGAGGAGUUUGGCGUUCGACUAGCCACUUAUGACAUGCAUGUGCAGUUACAAGCCUGCUAGAGUUAGCGGCUGGCGGGCGAGCAAUAUCCAACGUCGUAACUCGGAUGAAGUCUGAGCUGGAAUGUGAAGUUAACUGAAGCUGGCCAUCUUUAGAAAACCCUGAGUAGAUAUAGCUUGCAUCGUAGUAUACCCCUCAGCAUCACUAAGUUAAACAGCUAACUUUGAUAAACAUUCAGAAUAAGCAUUCAGCUCUUGAUUUUCUUGUUACAGGCGAAAGCAGCAUCCAUGGGCCCCCCACAGACUCCCUCUCCCCCCACAAACUAUGGGGACUCCUCUCCUGUCAACUCCGCCACCUCGCUAAAGAAUAGACCCCCGUCAAUCAUGGCAUCCAGCAAAGGCAACGUCCUGCAGAAGGCUAAGGUCAGAGGUUAUUGCCCCCCCCCCCCCCCCCCCCCACACACACACACACACACACACACACAAAGGCACGCACGUGCACACACAGGCAUUUGACAACUUUAUUUGGACCUAUAAUGAAAGAGAACCCAUAUUUUCAAAGGUCAUUGAUGUAUGCACUUUUUGAGUUGGCUGGAUGUCCUUUGGGUGGUGGACCAUUGUUGAUACACACAGGAAACUGUUUAGCGUGAAACACCCAGCAGCAUUGCAGUUCUUGACACAAACCGGUGCGCCUGGUACCUACUACCAUAGGCACUUCAAUCUUGUGUCUUUCCCAUUCACCCUCUGAAUGGCACACACACACAAUCCAUGUCUCAAUUGUCUCAAGGCUUAAAAAUACUUAUUUAACCUGUCCUCCUCCCCUUCAUCUACACUGAUUGAAGUGGAUUUAACAAGUGACAUCAACAAGGGAUCAUAGCUUUCACCUGGAUUCACCUUGUCAGUCAGUCAUGGAAAAAACAGGUGUUCGUAAUGGUUUGUAUACUCAGUGUAUGUUGUUGAUAUGAUCACACACACAAACACACUUUUUACUCUUUUACUCGCACACAUACAUUUACUCUGACUUAGUAGUGUUCUUACACUGGCCAGAGGAAAGGUGGCAAAAUGCAAGACUAUUGCAAUACUGCCUCUGAGAUUGACAUCCUUUAAAGCAGUGGUUCUCAAACCUUUCCUCGGGGACCCCCAGCCGUUCCAUGUAUUUGAUUUAUUCCUUAGCUAGCACAUCUGAUUCAACCUAUCAAGCCCUUAACUAGGUGAGUGAAUCAGGUGAGCUAGUUCAGAGCUACAACAAAAGUGUGAAACGUCUGGAGGUCCCUGAGGAGAGGUUUGAGAACCAGUGCUUUAAAGUAGUCGAUCUUCAAGGCAUUCCUAGUCGAUCUACAAACAUUUCUGUAGAAAUCCAACGAUUAAGCCUUGCGGGUCUAUUUUUUAUUUAUUAGUCUUGCGCUGUUGGUGGUAGGUGUACUUGAUUCAACUGCCCUACAUGCCGGGUAGGCAAAGUGUUCCCAUUUUGAACCAUUUGAUUUGUCUUAAGGUACAAACUCUGCCUACCCGACGGACCUGGAGAGAUAAAUCAAAGCACCUACUACUGACCAAUCGGAUAGCUCAAAUCACUUUGCCUGCAGCUUCCACAACCCCACCCACAGCAAAGUUGAUACUAGCCUAUGUGAGAUUUCAUAAUUUUUAAAACCAUGACCAGAGAGAGACAGUGAGAGACAGUCAAAGAAUAUAGCAUAGAGUGAGUUCAUGUUUACGUUUUUAUUCAGCACUGUCAACACUGUUUUUAUUCAACACUUUUACAAAUGUGCUUCUCCCUACUUCCACUUGCACUACAACCAGCACUGCAGCUGCAAUUAAUGAGUAGCCAAGUAUAUUGAUAGGCCUGCAUUUUUAUUAUUAGCGGCUCGUCGUGUCUAUUUUAAUAUCGAGGAAUAUUUAACUUUCUCUGGUCAAAGGAACAACAACAUGAAUUUGUGCAUGAGACAGAAAUAAUACGGUGCUUCUCGAGUUUCGUCAUCAGGUAGAAGACAUUGUCCCCUCUCUCUGGUCAGUCUCACCGGUGGGAGAGAGCAGGGACUGUGAGAGGCGGACCCUCUGCUGCUCUCUCCCUCCCUCUGCUGAGAUGCUCUGCUCAGAUGCAUGCAGGUACCAUUUAGUCUGGUAAAAUAAAAAACUGCGUUAUUUAAAUGUAUGCUCAGCAGUGCCUCGCAAGUAAUACAACAACUGAUCUAUUUUGUUAUCAUGUAGCUCAAGUUUUGAAAUAUAAUAUGGUCUGAGAAGGACAAUAUUGUCAGGCCAAACAUAGCCAAUAUGCUGUGAUAAUGUAUUAGGCCUACUGCACAAACCUCAUUCCUGCAGAACUGUUUUUAUUAGGUUAAUGCUGCAUAGGUUUACAUUUUUGAAGUCAUGUUUCAAAAACAAAUAUCUGAGCGGUAGAUCUCGGCUUGCAUUUUGACUCAGAAAGUGAUCUUGACUCAGAAAAGGUUGGUGACCACUGCUUUAAAGGUACAAUUAUUUUUGUUUUCAGCUUGUUUUCAGGGUCAACGCUGAAGAAAUUUAACCACUCAAAUGAAUUCAUUGGAUGAGCCAUGAGAACAACUUAAUUGCUUCAAACAAUGUAAAAUACAGAAACGAUCAUUGUUGGCAUUAACGCUGUUCUCUCUCUGCACACACAGGAAUGGGAGAAGAAAUCCACCACCUAGGGGUGAGCAAGACUUUCCCUUUGAUCUCUGAUGACAUUUGAGGUCAUCAUUAUGACCUAUGGCCAGGUCAGGUGCUAUGCUUUGGCAAGGAGGGGCUGCACUGGGGGGCUAGGGAGGCAAAGGGUACCACCCCCACCACCUCCCUGCCCCUCCACCUGCCUCUGUCCAACCAGAGAAUAGGACAGAAACGAAUGGCUCCGCAGAAAGCCAAUCAGAGACCAGGCACACCUGUCUACUGGAAAACCAAUGCCACUGGACAAUUC